AUUCCCCUUCAGGCGAGCAGCCAGUCUGAGGGCCGGCACGGGCUCGGUCCCUCCUCCGCGGCGGGGGCUAUAUGGAGCCGGCGAGGCGCUAAUGAGGCGGCGUGCGGCAGCGGCAGCAUAUAUACCCCGCCGCUGGGGCUGUUCCGGGCGGUCGUAACAGGAGCCGCUCCUCAGGCAGGCAGCUCGCCCGCCCUUUCCUGGGACAGGGACCAUCCCCAACAGCGGCAGCGACGGCGGCGCCCCCGGCGCCUUUCCCUUCUCCCCCGGUGCUCCUUCCUGACGGGCCUUCUUCUGAGGAAAGAGGAGGGAUGGCGGCGGCCGCCCCGACCCAGCUGGAAGCCGGUGAGUCUCGGGUGCCGCGGGGGCUGAGGCGGAGGCUGCUUCCUUGGGCUUCCCUCGCCCUGCUUUAACCUGGCUUCUUCUUCUUCUUCUCCUCUUCAGAGCUGUACUACCUAAUUGCCCGCUUUCUCCAGUCCGGACCGUGCAAGCAAUCUGCCCAGGUGUGAAGGGUUUGUGGGCAAAACCUAGCGUGGUUGUGGUGGUGGUGGUGGUCGGUCGGGGGGCGGCGGCGGUCUUGUUCUAGAAUGGAGCUGGGCUUUUUUUUUUUAAGUCAGGGGGUUGUGGGGAAGGGACCUCUAUUGCCUCCCGUCACGCUCUUUGUGUGUGUAUCUGUAUGUUUUUUUUCCUCAGGUGCUGGUGGAGGAGCUGGAAGAACACCAGGUAAUGUCCCAGCAUGUGGUCUGAGUGGGGGUUUUUUGGGUGUGUGUGAGGGAUUGAUUAAUGCCGAAUUAAUAUAUGCCUCCUCUUCAGCCCUUGACCCCUAUCCUCGCUUCAGUAGCCGUGCAAAUGCCCUCCUGGUUCGUAACCCCUUCCCACAAAUCUUGCUAUCCGUGAAGAACUUGUUGGGAUAGGUAUUAAUUGCACACCUUUGCAACGAAGCCUCCGUCUCCACCCCCUCUUAUUUUGUUUUUAAAUUAUAUUUAUUCACGGAGCGGCUGUCUCAAUUUAAAGAAACCGUGCUUGCUUUUGGUGACCUUUCAUUUGGCUCUUAAAAAGAUAAAGAAAGAAAGAGGGAGGUGUUGCUACUAUCAGUCCUGGUUUCUUCCUCCACCCUUCCCCCACCCCACCCCAAAUGUGACAACACAGGACAUGCAGUUUUUAUCUGCUCAGGAAAGGAGCAUUAUUUCCCCCUGUAGUGCUUGCUUGUGGGACACGCUGGGGUGGCAAAUGAGUGAGAGAGUGGGUAUAUUUUGGUCAAGGAGCUAGUAGAGGCUUUGUGGAACGGCCAGAUAGGCUUUCUUUUCUGAAGAACUGUUCCAGGCCAACAAAGGAGAAGCUGCAUGAAAUGUAAAGGGCUCUCUCCCACCACUAAGUAGGACAGCUUUUACAUGUAAACCUAUUUUCCUUUAUCUUCAGAAGUUUUUUUCUUUACACCCAUCUGGUGAGUGUAAGUGACAUGGCAUGCAGCUGUAAGAAUCAGUGGGGGAGUUGUUGGGAGAUAAGGGAAUCAUUUGUUUUCUCCAUUUCGCACGUGCUUUUAAUUGCAAGACCUGUAUCUCUUCCUUGCACCUCCUCCCCCAUCCCACUCAGUUGAUACCAAGGCGCCUGGAUUGGCAAGGCAAAGAGCAUCGAAGAAGUUUUGAGGAUUUGGUGAGUGAAGGCUGGCUUUUAAACUUGCAGGUGGGGUCGGGGUUGCUUCAGCUAUGGAAGAUAUGGCAGAAUUAUUGCCUUUCUCCUUCUUUUCUACUCCAGCCGAGGGAGAAAGGAAAAGUAAUGUUAAUAUUAGUCACUUGGGAAGUGAUUCCUGGUUUAUUUUUUGUGUGAAUCGGGAACGGGGAGGGUUAUCUGAGGGCACGUACAAAGCUCAGGCCAAUGAUUCUGCACCUACCAAGCUGGAGUUCCGUGUUUGCAAAUGAGAGUUGCCUGCUGAUUGGUUGCAGCUUUAAAGAUAGGAACUGAACAGAAGGUGUUUUUUUGUUUUUUUUUUUUGCAGCAGCAUUUGAAAGAAAAAUACUACACUCCCACUGCAUAGCCAAAUUAUGUGGAAACUGAGCAUUUGCUGAUAGAUAUUUAUUUUACACUUUAGAUCAAAAUGUAGAAUGUAAACAAAUUAUAGAGGGAGUCAUUAUAUGUUAAGUUUUGCUUAUGAAUGGUGAAGAUCAGUAUGGAAGUACAUUGCUUUAAACAUGGGAAACAUUCAUAUUUGCUUGAGAAAUAAAGGAAUGGUAAUUCUUUCUGACCAAAAAGGGAAUGUAAAUAGGGAGAAGGGCUGAAAGUUUAUUGGAAGGCAAUCCUUGAGCAGUCCUUGGAUUCAUUUUGUUUUAACAAUUUGUGCUGGUGAGAUGAUAAUGUGGCACAUCAAGUUAUGAGUUGUGAGAAGUGUAUUAGUGCGAAUUGAUUUACUGAGUAUAAAAUAUUACAUAUUUUUAAAAUACAUUUCUGGUUUUGAUUCUGAAAUGGGCUAUGUCAUCAAAUGCUGGAGUAUGCCAGUUGCUGUGUGUGGCGAUCAUUAUAUGGAAUAUGAUGUUAAAGUCAACAUUGUAUGGUUGCUUCUGCUGGUACUGUAGCACAGUUAGUGUAAUUGCUCACUACUUUUUUUGAAUUAUAAACUCCUAUCUCUUAUGUCUGGUACUCCUGUUUAAUUUAGAGGCGCCUGAGGAAAGGAAGACUAUUGUUACACCUCUGAUCUAAACCCUACUGAUGUGUUUUCUGUCCACCUUGAUUCCAUAGGUUUAUGUUUUUUUGCAGAAUACAAGUAGUUCUGAAAAUUUUGCUCCUUUCCCUUUUAGCCUUGUACUAAUGCACUAUGCUAGAUGCUGUAUGAUGUUGUUAUUUUUAUUCCUUUUUUGUUUCUUAUAGAUUGUAUUCUUUUAUUAUAAUUUACAUUCCAUAGAAUUCAUGUUGUAAAAUAUAAGGAAAAAGGAAGCAAUAAAAUAUGCAUAUUUAAUGUGGCCAUAUUGUGGACUAGCUGAAUGAAUCUCAUUGACCACUGUCUACCUAUGACAUUUUGAGGACCCCUCAUAUUGGCCACUGGGCAUGUUCAACUGUUUAGUGGGUACUUCACUUCAGAUUGUAAUAUAUUAUAAAUGAUGAUCUGAAGCUGCUCACUGGGGCUAAUUCCAUCCCUUAGUUCAUGUAUGGGGAACGGUCCACUAGCAUGGCCAGUGAUCAGGAAUAAUGGGAGUUUUAUUCUAACAACACCUGGGGUGAUACGGGUUCCUCAUCCUUAGUUCUUAACCUAUACCUAAUAUUUUAUUUUUUGGAAGCUAAUAAGGAUGGGCUGCUGGUCUUUAGCAACAUAUUUCAUCUCACUGGGUAAUAUAAACAUACCUCCAUAUUUCCAGGUUGCUGAGCGUGGAUUUUGAAAUUAGAUAUGAGAGGAAAAACUCGUGUAAGCAGGGAAGAAUAUGAUUUAGUUUGUUUGAAUGGACCCUUCUGUCCUUGCCCAGUUUAAUUUUUCCACCAUUUGAGGUCAAGCUUCUCUCCCCUGACCCGCUGUCUUUUUAACGCCAGCAGGAAAAUUAAACCAGCAGAGGCAAAACAGAAACAAGCCAGUGCAAUUAGAAUAUGAAAAACAACUGAUGGAAAACCAUGUAAAGAAUUGUGUGGCAAGAUUUGUAAUUUCUUAUAAGCAAGAAGUUGCAUUUCUUCUUCCUUCUUUUUUUGCUGAUCUUAUGACUGGGAAUAAAGUGAAUUUAAGGAGAUCAGAUUAAUUAAUUUCUCUUAAGUCUUCACUGACUUUUCAAGGUACUUAAAUAUUUCUGACAUUCAUUUAAUGAAACCUUCCUUUGAUUGUGAGUCAAUGAUCAAGCUUUAUAGGUAUGAAAUAUUACUUAGAUGGGAGUAUGGUUGUUAAUACUUGGCUGGUAUAUUUACACAAGCAAAUACUGUAGUAAUUGCUACCAGUACUUGUGACACCUAUUUUACAUGGCAGAAUCUUUCUGUAAGGAAAGGUGCUCCUAUUCUAUUGCUGCAAGUGAACAAUAUACUCAACCAAUACUGGUGAUUAUAAUUAGAAAUGAUCAUGCACUCAGCGCAUUUGUACAUUCUAUAGUGGAAGAAAAAUGGUUGUGAAUAUGAGUUGCUAGAGGUUGACAGAUCUAGUUGUUGGAUCUCUGACUUCACAGAGCCAUGCCUAGUUUUAAUUUAUGUGACUAUAGUAAUAGACCAAUGCAAGGUGUUCAAGGAGGGAUGAAACUAGGCUGUUUUUCACCUAGGUCAAAGAUCCCGUUUGGCACCUCCAUGCAGUGAGCCUCAAUGGUGCCUGUCUGCAGGCUUCACCUGGGGCAAAAAACCAUGCUAGUCCCCCCGUCUCCCCCAUAGCUAAGGCACUCUCUUCAAGUUAUAUUUUCCUUAAAUGGAGACAAUAUCUUUUAAACAACCUUUUUUACCCCAUAAGGUUGUGUUUUUGUUUUGCCUUGCCCAGGUAAUCCUGAGAGCUGCAAUCCGAAGGUACUGGGAACUGGCUAUCAUAUAAUUAAAGUUAUUAAGUUUCUUGUGUGCAUAUAUAGAUGUGCUUUAAACUUACUGAGAAAAAGCUGGAUGAUAAUUUAUUGGAGAUGUGUUAGACUUGGAGUUGACCAUUUGCUUGGAUGAGUAGAUUAUCAGACCUGAGUCUCCUUGCUCUGAGGUGUUUGUGUGCUUGUCUUUGUGGACUUAUAUGCAAAGCUAGUACGGGAUUCCCUGCAUACUGGCAGGCCUUUUGACUAGAUAUGAUUCUUCUAAAUCUGCAGUUCUACUUAAAAGGCAUCUACCAAACUACUCCUGACCCAUUCUGAAGAUGCAAAGGAUAGUGUCAGAACUGGCCUUGAGCCUUAGGGUAAAUAGUGUUAUUUUGGCAAACAAGCACAACAUCAGCAUAGUCAUUUUCAUACUUGGGAUCCUAGUUAGCUGCUUUAUACCCUUAGACAAUUGAUCCAUCAUGCUCAGUAUUGUCUACAAUGACUGUUGGUGGCUCUCCAGGAUUUCAGACAGGGAACAUUAUCAGCCCUGCCUGGAGAUGCAACGAUUGAACAAGAGACCUUCUGCAGGCAAGCAGAUGCUUUUCACUGAGCUACUAUUACUUUUUUGUAACUAUCUAAACUGGAGCAGAUGCUCUUGCUUUAGAUAAAGCCCCUAAUAGAUUGCCAUUUGGGAAUUAAACUAGCUUGCUACUAGUGUAGUCUGGAGUAUAUAUGCAAAGAAGCACAAUAACAAUACGAUGUGCAAUGCACUGUGCAGAUAUGUUCUAAUAAGUCUCAACUGCUUUUCACACUGAAGUCCCUUUCCAAGUAGUGUUCUAAAUUUAAAAUAUGUAGUAAAAGGUAAUUUUGUAAAUAAAAUCAAAACAGCAAGAUAAAAUAUGAUUCUCACAGACUAGCAGAAGACAAACAAGGCUGAAAUUAUUAACUUGCCCUGAAAAGAGACCAAAGGUAUCUCUGGAGGAAGACUGCAGAGUAAGUGCAGAUAGGAUCAUGGAUUAAAUAUUUUUGUAGCACAUUUUCAGUGUAAAAAAUGUUUUACAUGCAUACAUUGUCUCAGUUGCUUUUGCAGGCACCAGGUAAGGGAGGUUGAUAUUAUUUCCUUCAUAAUGCAAAUAAAGAGUAUAUGUGUCUUAAUAUGUACAUUAUAGCAAAAAGUCUAGAUGGUCAUGAUGUCAUAUACUAUAAUUCAUUAGCUACAAGUGCCAGAAAGGCCGGACAGUGGUAAAGUCCAGCUAUGUGAGCCCUGCUCAGAGUAGACUUAUUAAAAUUAAUGAACGUGAUAAACUUAGGUCCUCUAAUUUCAGUGGGUGUACUCUGUGGGUGUAAAAAUUGCAUGGUUUCAGCUUUAACUCUAGCUCAGAAGACUAGAGGCAAGGCUGCCCCAAAGCUAUUAGUGGUGAUGGGGUUCUGCCAUAGGAGCCAAUUCCUAGCCACCCCAUAAAAAAUAUUGAUAGGCAUUGUCAUUCAGAUGGUGUCCAUGCACGGCAUCAUUUGAUUAUGUGGGGACAAGGCUUACUUGGGAUCCCCAAUAUUUUAUUCAAGGUAGGACCCCUGGGUUCUGCUUAUGAACAAUAGUGUAAUCAGAGUAGCCCCCUUGCUAAAGGGGUUGGACCACCAACUGCAUAACAACAAAUCCUGUUUAAGAAGCAUGAAUAUUCUCCCAAUUCUCUUUACUGGCAGCUGUUUUUACAAAACAAAGCAGCUUCAUUGUUUUGUUUCUUCCUUAUCUUGACAUACCCAGGACUCCAAAUGUCUGUCCAAUCAUACCUGUUUGCUAGAAUCAAGUGGCUUUUUAUUUACGGAUUAAUUGGCCUCUGGUCUACCCUUUCAGGGCUUCAUACCAAGGGUGAAAACAAAUUGCGCUUUUUAGUUGUUCACUUUGCAAAUGGUUAAGGUAACUAUUGAUUUGCAGCACUGCAUUAAAUGUACUAAGCCACCAGAACCCAGUUAUCUUUUGUUCUGACCUUGGUUAAUUUGGUUUUUAUUCUCCUGCCUGUCCCAUUCUGCCUCUGGUCAGCUAGGCAGUUAUCUAUGACAAUUCCAUCAGGACAAAAGAAUAAUAAUAAAAAGAGGGAUCACUUGUAUAGGUUACACUGAUGUAAUUAAUUUAUGGGAUUCCCUGUCAUAAUAUAUGAUUAUGGCCACUAUCUUAAAUUAUCUUUAAAAGGGCUUUGAUCGCUUUUUGACAGAUAGAUUAAUAGUUUGUAGCCAACACAGAUGAAACAAACUUGGAGCUUCAGAAGCAGUAUUACUCUGAAUACCAGUUGAUUGAAUUGGCUGUGUGUGUCACAUUAUUUGCUUCAUUCUCCAAUUUGUGAGCUCCCUAGAUGGGUCAGGUUGACCAGUGUACCAAGCAGUGUGGUGGACUUGAUGGACCUUUGGCCUGAUAAGAAUAGCAAUGAUGGAUCAGGCCAUAGCCAAGAACUUCUUGUUCUUAUAGUGGACAACUAAAUCCCUGUUGGAACAGUACUUUCCCGGAUGCAGCAGGGUUCAUCUUAAGUCCUUGUUUGUGAAGUUGGGAGCACUGAACUUUCUGAGGGGAGUAACUUGUAUGCCUGGUGCAUAGAGAUGUGAUACUUAACUAGACAAACAACCUUCUUAUUGACUAGUAGAAUACAGGUAUUCUUUUGGCAGUAGAACUCUACAUCUCUCCUGCUUUUUAGAAUGUUGGGGGUAGGAUUAUCUACUGCUCAUCUACUGGUAGUCAACAUGGUGACUUCCAGAUGUUUUGGACUUAUAAUUCCCAUGAUGCCUAACCGUCAGCCAUGAUGGCUUGGGCUAAUGGUUUUUAAUCCAACAUGUCCGGAAAGUACCAUGUCGGCUAUUCCUGAUCUAACUUAACCUGGGGGGGGGGGCGGAGAGAGCAUACUAGGCUUCCCGUCUUUCUUUUUAGAAAAACGCCCAAAGAGCCGCAACUGUAUAGUGCACACACACUCUCUUUCACACAAACUAGCCCACGUUUCCUCCCCUUUACCUGCAGGAAAUGGUGGGAACCAUUGGGCAGGAGUGCUCACACCUUGUGGCUGGGCAGGCAGACUUUGGAAGGGAUGCCUGGGAAAGGCAUGCCAGGUGCUGGCACUGUGGUCGCAGCAAGAGCCCGCUGUGCUUAGGAUACUGCACCGCCGCCACAUGCCGAAGCACCGCUGCUACCUAGCACUCCACCCGUAUCUCGGAGAAGCUGUUCUCUGACAGGGUGGCCAUGCAUGGCCAAGCAAGGGAGGCAGUGGUCAGCACCAACAGCAGUGGCAUCAUGGGCAGCUGGAGCCCUCGCUUUGCGCCCCACAAAAAAGCCCUGGAAAAAUAUUCCCCCCAGAUGCCAUUUUAGGCAUCUGAUUUCCAUACAUGUCUGGAAUUUUAUUCUAUACCUUUGAGUUAUUUUAUUCUAUACCUUUGAAGUUUAUAUUGUUUUUCAGGCCAGAUAUUGAAAAAUCAAAAAAGUUAUUUCUAUGCCAGAUAAUUUUAUUUGUUCAGGUAUCAGUGUUCUAUCUGUGUAGAUGGUUCUUUAAAAAGAGGAACAGAGACUUAAACAUGAGAUUUUUUGCAAAUUAUCUCUCCUUGUGAAUAUGUCAGUUCAGAUAUGCCAAUAAAAAAAAUCAACAAGAUAUAAGAAAUACCUUGGGUAAGGAAUCUGUCAGCUUUAGUGCUCUGGGGAUUUAUUGUUGUUGUUUUUAACAACUGGAAAUCAUUUUACCUGCAUAAAAAUCUUUCUUUCAAAACUGUGCUACUAUGUAGUAUUUUCCCAACCUUUGAUUUAAAUGUGUUUCGCUGUGGCAGUGUUACUUAACAAGCAGCAUUUAUUCAAAAAAUUUCUUGCCAUGAGCCACAAAUUUACAUUAUAACUUUAAAAGUUAAAGAAAUCCUUGGGAACUCACUGUUUUUAAGGAAAGGGCUAGUGCUCUGAUGUUUUUUAUUAUAAUAAUUUUAUGUGCAGUAGUACCUCUGGUGUGGAACACUUUGUGCUUCUUGGGGGGUAGUUUGUCUUCUUUGGUCUCCACCCUGCACUCAGCUCUCACCUGUGGUUCCUAGAAGCUGUCAGCAUGCAAAACUGGCUACACCUAGGAAACUGCUUCGACUGACUAGCUAAACCAGGUGAGGGUAGCCAAUGGUUCUCUCAAACCUUUGGUGAGUUAGAGACUUCCCUUGUAUUCAAAGACAGGCUGUGGCGGAUUGAGCAGAGGGGACCAAUAGUAAGUCCAAUGAUCAAGAAGGUGGUUUCUGCACAUGCUGUAGACAGAAGUGUGGGGCAGAUGGGGCUUGUCCAUCUGGGAAAGUACCGUAUUUUUCACCCCAUACGGCGCACCGGCCCAUAGGGCGCACCUAGUUUUUUGGGGGGGAAAUAAAGAAAAAAAAUUAUUUCCCCCCCAGGCGCGGGGCUGGGGCGGGGGUAGCCCGAGCUUCCCCCGACCCCAGCCCCCAGAACAGGCUGCUAUCCACAAGCCUAGGGAGCCCGGUGGGAAGUCGCGCCGGUCUCCCCAGGCUUGCGGAUAUCUGCCUGAAGCUCAGCGCGCCCCAGGCUUUGGGAUGCAGGCAGCUCUCCGCAAGCCGUGGGAGCCCGGCGGGAACUCCCAUCUAGGAGAAGGAAAAUCUGAACCUAAACUUCUUUGGGAGAAGAAAAGCAGUAAAUCCUGCACAAAUAUGGUUGGAUGGUGCCUUAUAACCUCCUUCUGGCAACUCCUGCAGCCAAGCUGGUACCAAACGUAGUGCUCUGCUUUCUUUUGGACCACAUCAGUGAGGCAGGGAAUGGGGUCUUGUCAUCUGGGCACAAGAAAGGGGGUGUGAGCAGCUGUCCACUGCUUGCUAUUAAUCUAAGAUUUGGUUGUGCAAAUGUGCCCACUGAUUCAGCACACUUGCAACAUUUAUAAGCCCUGGGUUUUACUGCUGUUCCUUAUUUACUGUAGCUUUUUAAGUAGCUUUUGGAUUUUAAGGAACACGGUAUUAUAAGCUACUUUGGGCAUUUGUUACAAUUGGGAAGGUGGGAUAUAAAUUGCUAGAUACUUGCUGAGAUCUGGUUUAAUGCAGUUUGUAAGCUGUGAAGUGUGUAGUUCAAAUUUUAGCUUACCCGCAGGAUUUACUUGGUAACCUUGCUGUUCUGAUCUGUUAUCCCUGUCCCCUCCCUUGUCUGCAAGAGAGCUGGUGUGGCAAAGUUGCUAGAAAAUGUUUGCCUUAGAGCACGGGUUGAGAACCUCAGGCCUUUGGGCCAAAUGCAGCCCUCUAGUCCUCUUUGUCUGGCUCUUGGGGCUAUCCUCAGGCCACAUCCCUCACAGGCCCUGCUUCACAUCCUCCUUGAGUGGCUUUGCCUUGAACGAUGAUGACUUUCACUUGCCUGGAUGGAGGAUAUGGAGGAGUGUGUGUAGAAUUUAGCUUAUAUUCAUUGCUGCACCCACUUUUGCCUGUGAACCUGCCCACUGCUGGCAUGUGGUCUCCAGAAGGUUGCCCAGGAAAAAAUGCAGCCCUCAGACCGAAAAGGGUUCUCCAUUCCUGACUUAGUUGAUUUAAAUUCCUACCUGGGCAAGCAGCACUCUCUCACCCUAAGCUUCCUCAUAGGGGUAUUGUGAAGGGAAAAAUGGGAGACCUAUGUAUUCCACCCUUCGUUCUUUGGUGAAUUAACAAUAAAUAGUAAGAGACUUCACUGCUAAAUUAUAUAAUCAUGUGAGAAUUAUGAGAAUCCUCAUAUGAAUUUUAAAGAGCUAUAAAUGUUAGAAUUUGGAAUAACAUUAAAAUGCAAAAUUUGAUUACGCAACGUAUUUUAAUUUGUGUGAAGAGAAUAGCCAAAUGUUCCUAAUACAGUUGUACCUUGGAAGUCAAAUGGAAUCCGUUCUGGAAGUCUGUUUGACUUCCAAAAUGUUCGGAAACCAAAGCGCAGCUUCUGUUUGGCUGCAGGAAGCUCCUGCAGCCAGCCAGCUUACGUUUAUUUUAAAUUCUGCAUAUCAUGGUAAUAUUUUCUACUGAUUUUUGUGUGCUCAAAGUAGUACAGGACUCCAGCCUUGUAUACAGACAAUCCAUGUUUUGCAUGGAGCCCUGCUUAUGCUGGCAGGGCCCGUGUAAAGCAUUCUACCCCAACCCAUUGCUUUCCCUGUUCCGCUCUUUUAGUGACAUUUUAGGGUCACAUUGGGUUUGGCACCGUGCACUCGUGUGGGAUCAUGCACCAAUCGGACGUGCAUAAAUCAGCCGUUGCCUGUCCUUGAAGGAGGAUCUCCAUCCCCAUCAUUCAGCCUAGACACUGAGUUCCAGCUCCAAGGGCCUUCUGUCAGUCUGUUCACUGUGAGAAGUGAAACUACAGGGAAACUUUCAGUUGUCACACCUGCCCUGUGGAAUGUCCUCAGCAGAUUUCAAAGAGUUAAAAGAACUAUAUAAUUUUUGGUAGACAUCUGAAGGCAGCUCUGUUUUAGGAAGCUUUUAAUGUUUGGUGUUCGUGCCGUUGUUGUUUUUCCUGUUGACUGGGGCAACAGAGUCAGAUGGGCAGGGUAUAAGAAAUACAUUAUUAUUAUUGAAUUAUUAUUAUUGUUGUUGUUUAGUCAUUUAGUCGUGUCCGACUCUUCGUGACCCCAUGGACCAGAGCAUGCCAGGCACUAUAUGCCUGUUGUCUUUGUCCAUGGAGUUUUCUUGGCAGGCAUACUGGAGUGGCUUGCCGGUUCCUGCUCCAGGUGGAUCACAUUUGGUCGAAACUCUCCACUAUGAUCUGUCCAUCUUGGGUGGCCUGCACGGCAUAGCUCAUAGCUUCUCUGAGUUAUUCAAGCCCCUUUUCCACGGCAAGGCAGUGAUCCAUGAAGCGAACAUUAUUAUUACAUUAUUAUUAGUAGUAGUAGUAGUAGUAUGUUGGUUGCAUAUUUGCUCUAUGACUCUUACAACAAGCCUGUUUCAUUGUGCUUGUGUGAUUACCCUUAUUGUUGCAUUUCUUGGAGUUUUCAAAAUCAUGGAUAUUUCAGCAAAGUACAUUUUCCCACAUAAUUCCCUACCUGAGGAAGGAUCACAUAGAGGCAAAAGCAUUUUUAUGUGAAAUAGCUAUAAGUAAGAAUUAACUCCCUUUUCUAUUUUGUCUACACAGAGAAGAAUUAUAUGUGUAACUCAAUGUUUAGUUCACCGUCAUAAAAAAAAUCUGUUCAGUAGUAGAGAUUGACUUCCUCCAUGUUGUGUCUACUCAGGGUAUCCUCACAGGGGAAUUGAGGGCUGUAAAGUUUAUAAUUAUUGGCAGACACUAUAUAUACUGUCUUUCCACACUUCAUUUACUUUACAGCUUGAACAGAAAUGCUACUUACUUGUGUUAGGUAUGGUAAAAAAAAAAAGUUUUUAAACAGUUGAAAUUAUAUGCAGAUACCACUUCUUCAAAACCUGUCUCAAGCCCUGGUUAGUAUUAACAGUGACAUUUAAAUGCAAUUUACUUUGGUGUGUGCAGUGGAAGAGGGGGAACACUUGUAAUCUUUUAAAUAUGGUUCAGAUAUUCUCAACUAGCUGGUUCCUUGAUAUAAAUUUAUGUAAUAUCAAAUUGUGUUUUGGUUUAAUUAUUGUUUGACCUGAUACCAUAGUUAUGAACAUUGUUACAUCUUCUGAGUUGAUCAUACCAUAGAAAUGGGACUUCUGAGCAGAUUAAAAGUGAAAGUUUGGUGACAUGUACUUUGAAUUUAACGAGCUUCUGGGUUCAGUCUCUGUCAUUUCUGGUUAAAAAGAAGCUCAGGUAGCAGAGCUGGGAAAGGAUUUCUGCCCAAGAAGAAAUAGUCACUGCUAUUCAAAGCUUAGUUCACACAUAAUGAUAAGCCAUGGCCAAUGGCUUUGCAGGAUUGAGCAGUACUACUCGUGCCUGCUGCCAGUGUACUCCCACUUGGCUUCUCCACUGACACAGACAGAAGGAACAAGCCAUGAAGCCUUGACUUGUAGUUACAGCUGAACCAGGAUUGUGGUUUCUUUCUCCCCAAGAAACUAUGAUCAGCAAGCCAAGAACAAACCAUGUCUUUAUGAUCACCAGGGGAGGAGUGAAGCAGGAGCAACCAGGCAGUAUGUUCUGGCAUGGUUUUGACCUUGAUAAUCAUGGCUUUUUAAGUGUGCACCAGGCCACAGGGUUAGAUGGACAAAUGGUCUGAUCUGGUGUGAGGCAGAUUUAUAUGAAAGCAGAUAAGCAGCUGCCAAAUUCCUAUUUGCCUAUUCAUUUGGAAGCACAAGUUGCAGUUUGGUGCAAUGCCUGAAUCAAGACAUAGUCAGAGACUUGUUGGGGGAGGAGGGUUGAAGCUUUAUUGGGAGUUGCUGCACAUUCAUAGAAUCUUGUAUAGUAAUUCAACUUAUGUGGUUGUAUUCCGCAGAUCGUGCCUAAAGCCAGAAUCGUGUAUAGUUGGGUUCAGUGGGGGCUGGGAUUGCCAAUGCCAUUUUCCCUAGCACCCUGCCCCUUUCUGCCUCCUUUCUAAUUUUUAAUCUUUUUUGCCAUGUGUGUAAACCUGAAUGUACACAAGUUUAAUGUGCAUAAGUUGCAGGCUUACUGUAUUAGCUCAAUUACUGUGUUGUGUCCUAGGCAGCGGUACCAGCUGUGGAAUUGGGUUCUUGCCCAAGUGUGGCCUUCGUGCUUGGCACAGAGUCUAGGAACAACAGGCCACAUACUGCCAGCACUGGUUCUAAAACUAGGAAGCAAAGUCAGGUCAAGGAAAGGUUGGUGGACACACAAGCAGAGGGUCAGUCAAUUUAAGUAAGAAUAGGCAAAGCAGGGAUCAAAAUUCAAAAGGAAACAAGCAAGUUGGGCAGUUCUGAGUGGCAGUUGGACAGGGCAGGCUUGAAUGUUGCUCCAACAAGCAAAAAACCCAGUCAGCCUUAAAGAGGAUUGCAGCUUCCUCUGAGCAACAUUCCUUGCUCCAUGAACAGAGUCUCAACGCUUAAAAGGCAUGAGGGAGGCCAAAGUUCUAGGUGGCCUCCAGAUUAGAUUCCUUGAAGUCUGAGGAAUGCAAGCAGAGAGGCACUGGCAUCACAGGCUUCUCUGAUACUGGAACUCCCAAGGAGAUAGGGAUAUUUGAGACCGAUUCUGAGAGCAAACCCUCCUUCUGUUCCAUGAUGUCCUCUGUGUCUGCAGCUUCUUCACCUGAGAAUGGUGUGGUUGAGAGCACUAGUUCAAAGGAGACUGCUAUUCACAGCAGUUUAGGAACUGGGCACAGUUUUGGGUUUGUUUGUUUGUUUUUGCUUUUAAGCUUUCUAGCUUAUUUUUUUAAUGAAAAAAUUAAAAAAAUCCUAACAGUGAAGACAGGAGUGCCUGGCGUGCUCUUGUCCAUGGGGUCACAAAGAGUUUGACACGACUAAAUGACUAAACAACAACAAAAAUAAUUCCUAACAGUCUUGGGAAGUUAAGCACUUUGGAAAAAAGUGCCUCCCCAAUUGGUGCAGAUGUGCUGCUUCCUUUCAUCUUUUACUGCAUUGUAUUUUGAGGUACUCUCUGUGCUAGGCGUGGGAUAGAGGACAUUUCCCUCCACUUUGUAAUCAGAUAAAUACGAAACAGGAGCUUGGCACUCAAUAAACUGAAAAAUGCUGAUAUGUUGGGGAAAUAGAAGAAAAGCUCUUACAUUAAUUAUCUUUUAAAAAAAUAAUUUAGGUGGCAGCCAAUGCUCACAUCCCUCCAAACUAUCUUCUCAAAAUCUGUGAACGCAUUGGACCUUUAUUGGAUAAGGAGAUCCCACAGAGUGUGCUUGGGGUGCAGACUUUGCUGGGAGUGGGACGGCAGUCAUUACUAAGGGCAGCCAAAGGUAAGAUAUGUGGCAUUUUUCCUUUGUCAUAUUUUAAAACCUCUAGUACCAUUUUACAGAGGCCCUGAAAGUGGCUUAACUUUAUAUUAAAAAAACUUACCAUACAUAAAGCAAGCAGUGAAAAUAACAUGUUAUUCUGUGUUUUUUACAUAAAUUGCACUUCUGGUUAACAUUGAAAAUAAAUGGGCAAAUAGGCAGAAAGAAAGUAAUUUGUUGAAAUGAAACGUUGAAACAGGCAACAUUGCGUCUCAUGAAAGCUUUUUUCUGAAUAAGUACAAGCAUUUCCCAGAAAUAGCUUUGCAGAGAAGGGAGGAAUGAGAACGAGCUCAGAGAAGUCACGGCUUUCAUCGUUCUGGCAAAACAAAGCAGUAUUGGUUGUAGAACUCAAGCAUUCAGCUCAAGUUUUUUACCAGCUUUGAAUCUUAUUCACACAGAUUGUAGGCACACAGCUUGGAAAGUAUCAGCAUUUGCAGCUCUCCACAGAGGAAGGCCCCCUGAAGUACCUUCAAACUAUUCAAAACCACCAAAUGUGGGUAAGGAAUAACUUAGUGUUUAAGUGCAUGUUUAUUAUUUAUGGAGUGGCUUCUUAUAUUGGAAAUUUUUCUUUAGCCCAAAAGUUAACUUAGAUUUAUGGCAUCCUAGAAAGAGCAUUAAUAUAAUGGGGCAGGCGAUUUUUUUCCAGCCAGAACAUUAUUAGUAUCAUCAGCAAUUCCUGCCAUGGUACAUGUAGAAUGCAUUAAAAUAUGCACUUACUUUUCCUGUAAGAAAAAGUUGUAUUAUAAAAAAAUGGAAAGGACAAAAAUACAUCUAUCUAGUCUCUUGCUGUAAAGGCAGGACUAUUCAUUCCGUAGACAUGUUUGUCUGGGGGAAUUUGUUUAAUUUGUAGAUGCUGAAUUAUGGCAGUAAAUGAAAUCCUGAUUGUGAGCAAACAGCAUCCACUGACUCACCAUCUAGAUGACCUCUUUUAAAGAUAUUAUGGUGGGAGUAGAUAACACUUAAUGAUUCUACUGAGCAAAAAUAAAAAUAAAACCCGAAACGUUAGUAAAAAUAAAUAAUUUUAAAUUUUGUUUAUAAACAGAAAAAAAUCUCAAAACCCAGCUUUGGGUAUGUAUGUGUAUAACAGUGACAGAAUGUGAAGCUUGGCUCAAAAAUAAAAGUGCUUAUUUAAAAAACCAGAAACUUUGAAAGGAACAGCUUUAAAUGGCAGUAACAGGAGGCUUAACAAAAUAAGCAAGAGCAGAAAAAAGAGGCAGUGUUCAAAAUGGCAUGAAAUAUGUUUAAUAAAAUACAGUGGUACCUCAGGUUACAUACGCUUCAGGUUACAUAUGCUUCAGAUUACACACUCCGCUAACCCAGAAAUAUUACCUCGGGUUAAGAACGUUGCUUCAGGAUGAGAACAGAAAUCGUGCGGCGCAGCAGCAGCAGGAGGCCCCAUUAGCUAAAGUGGUGCUUCAGGUUAAGAACAGUUUCAGGUUAAGAACAGACCUCCAGAACGAAUUAAGUUCUUAACCCGAGGUACCACUGUAGUGAAAUACCCAGCAUGUUUUGGUGAAAUCACCUUUGAGCGCAAGAAUAUAGAGGACCAUUCACAGGGCCCUGCAGUCCAUAAAUCUGGCACUGCCAGGCCUGUACUACUGAUGCCAACACAUUGUAACAGCCCUUAUACUGUGUAGGGGCUUUUUAGUGGGAGGGUGGCGCUUCUGUAGUCCCCUUGCACCCACCAUGACUUCUUCCAAGAUGGCCUUACAUGCUUUCAACUAAUAUUAGCCAUAAGUAGGCCAGACCUGUUGUUACACCUGAUACUGCUCUAAUGGUUGCCAUGCGAACCUCUGUUUUAUUGGUGGAUAAGUAGAUUUACAGCAAUUUAAGUCAUUGGGAUAACUGUGUUUUUCCCUUCUCCCUCACUUUUAGUAAAUAUAAUCUGUGCCAGGCAAACAACUGGAUAUGGGCGUUUCAGCCAUUUGUUCCCCUCGUCCUUCUACCAGCACAUCAAGAUGCACAAGAGAAUUCUUGGGCAUCUAUCCUCUGUGUAUUGUGUAGCCUUUGAUCGCACUGGGCGGCGAAUUUUCACAGUGAGUUGAAGAAAACUGCAAUAUUUCAAAACAUUGCUUGACUUUGUUUGUUUGUUUUGCUCUCUCAAAAUACCCUUUUCGGACCUAGGAACCACCUUUAAAUCAAGCACAUCUGAGGCUUCAUUUCUUAUUUACCCCUCAUAUAUUUUAGCAUAUAUCUGUAUAGUGGUAGGUAAUGCUUCUGUUGUGAUCUACCUUAGAUCUGGACAUGGGGAACUGGAUCUGACCAGGGGGCUGGAUCUUUAUCUCCACACACACUUGUGGGUCAAGCUUGGCAGUUGGAUGGGACAGCCCAGUUGUAAAGCCGUAAAUCACUUGGUGGCCCAUUUUUGCCUACGUGGUUUGAAAUAAAACUUCUGCAAAAAUGCCUGUACUGUGCUUCCCAAGCACCAACAGCCCUGUGCAGGGGGCUUUGCAGGCACCCUUUCAUCCAAGUCCUGCAGUUACCUGCCCACACCUGCUGUCAUAUCUAUAUGAUAUUGGGUAUUUGGCUGAAAUGUGCUUGGCUGAAAUGGUCUUUAGGACAAAUGAUGAGACCUGACGACCCAAUUAAACUCAUGUUCGGAGGUUCCAUACCUCUGUGGCAGUGGCUCCCAACCAACCAGUUGAAGACUAUGUGAUCUUUACUAAAAAAGAAAAGGAAAAGAAAGAAUGCAUGUGUCCUUUGAAAAGAAAAUGAAAAGGUUUUAUAUUUUGCUUAUAGUCAAUCAUCUAGAAACCCCACUUUUUCCAAGAGGAAUGUUAUGUAAUGUCCUUGGUUUCGUGUUUGCUACUUUUCUUUUAUAGCUCACAAACAACUUACAGGAAUGUUACAGAAGCUGCUAGUCCUUCAUACAACUGUAGCAUUUUCUUUGCAGGACAGCAUGAAGCCCUCCAAGUUAGGAUGGACCAGACUCAAGAUCCAUCUAGCUAUUUGUUUUGCUUCUCACAACAGUCAAAACAUGACUCUCAAACAGGGCAUGAAAGCAUUCUGUUGUAGUGGUUUGAGUAUUGGACUAAGUCAUCAGAGAGAUCUGAGUUCUAAUCCCUAAUCACUACUGGACCUUGGGUCAAUUUCAUUCUCUCAGUCCAACAUCACAGGGUGAUCACAACAUCAUAGGCUGGUCUUUAAAAAUAUUUUUUAUUGACUUCAAGAAAACCAAAUAGCAGCUUUGAGUAAACAUAACAGAACCCAGUUGCAGAUUGUAGAAUAAUUAGUAUAGACUCAUACACUCAGUGUGACCUUAUGACCUUCGACAGCUUCACCCUUGUCCUUUUAAUUAUCCCAGUGAUUUUAAAUGACAAUGAAGGUAUUUAAUAUUUAUUUAUUUAUGACUCAGAAUAGAUAACAGAAAAUGAAUUAAUUACCUUAAAAGAAUCAUUACAUUUUAUGUGAUUAUUAUGCUUCAGUAUAGUCCAUCCACCCUCUUGAACCAGUCUUUCUUCACUGCAACACUCAUCACUUGUCUGUGUUGUGUACGACAUUAAGACAUGGAUAUAUCCCAGACAUUAUUGAAUGCUAUCUCUAAAUAGCAUUAUACAUGAUUUCCAUUGUUGAGCAAUGACCAUAUGAGCCAUAAGCAAUACAAUAUAAUUAUGCUUAAUUGUUGGAUUAAGGUCAUUUUCCAGUGGCAGCAGUGCUAAGAAAUGUUCAAGCAACAGGGGUUGACCCAAGACCAAACACAUUCACUAUUGUGAUCACAGGAUUGUUGUGAGGAUAAAGGGUGGGUGGGUGCAGGAAAUUGUUUACACUUUUUUUGCACUCCUUAGAGGAAGGCCAGGGAUAAACUACUACCACUACCAAACCUAAUGGCACUCAGGCAGUUAGCAAAAAGAAGGGAUGCAUACAUCUCUAGGGUCAUAGUGAAAACAGUGGCACUUCUGCAUGUUAUACUUUGGAUAUUGUUUUUUUGUGUGAAACAUUAGGGUUCGGAUGAUUGCUUGGUGAAAAUUUGGGCUACAGAUGAUGGACGUUUGCUCUCAACACUACGAGGACAUUCGGCUGAAAUUUCUGACAUGGGUGUUAAUUAUGAAAACACCCUCCUUGCUGCAGGCAGCUGUGACAAAGUAGUCAGAGUCUGGUGUCUUCGAACCUGUGCACCAGUUGCAGUGCUGCUUGGCCACACAGCUUCAAUAACCUCUAUACAGGUAAAGCAGAUGAACAGUGUUGUUUUUUUCUUUGCUUUUGUUUAGCACUGAGUUACAAGACUACAUUUGCUUGGCCAAAUGCAUGUUAAAUCCACCUCAAAUUUGAAAUUUCCAUCCAUCAAACAAUUUUGUGAUGGGCCUGUUUUAUUGAUUAGCCUUAUUAUUUUUUGCUUACUUUCUCAUGGUCAAAAGCAGUCCAGAACAAUAUUUAUUCAGUGAGUGUGUUUCAUAUGCCCAGUAAAAUAGUUUUUUGUUGUUUUUUUUAAGCUGGAAGAAUGAGGGAAAAUCCUAAAACCAAUUUACAAUAUCUUUUUCUAAAAUCUUUAGUUUUCUCCGUCAAGAAAAGGAACAACUCGAUACCUCACUUCUACAGGUGCUGAUGGAACUAUCUGCUUCUGGCAAUGGCAUUCAGAUACAAUGAAAUUUAAGUACGUAUAUUUCAUUAGAUUUAUUAUUUUAGCUCAGUUUUCUGCUUUUGGACACAUCAGUGUUUUCUUAGGUCAGCUUGGUGGUGUGCCACAAUAUGACUUAGCUUCUGCUGUGCUAUAAACUUCACCAUAUGUACCUUGGGUCACUGUAGAGCAUUGUAGGGUUUAAACCAGGGCUGUCCAAGUUUUCUAUCAAGGGGGCUGCAAGAGUAAUUCAACACGGGCAGCACACUAUUGUUCCACUGGGGGGAAGUGAGCCCAAAAAUCUGUCACCCCUCCAGCCCUUGCAUUGCUUUUCCAAAGCUGGCUAAGCUAGGUGUAAGGUUCGGGUGGGUUCCUAGAGCCCUCCCACCUCCUUCUCAAAUCUGGAAGAGUGCUAACUAGGCUUUGGGAAGGAGGCAGGAGAACUCUAGGAUCCUGUCAGAACCCUCACACCUCCUUCCCCAAGCCCACUGCAGUGGGGGGGGGCGUGGCAUCAAAUGUUGUGAAAGGCCACAAAAAAGGCCUCAGUGGCACAUUACUUUUGAGUCUUGAUGUUUUGGAUGGAGAAUUCAUAACUACAGCAAUCCUGUAUUUCCUAGAAGCACCUUUUCAUUGAGCUGAACCAUUGUUCUAUUUUGUUCAACAUGGUCUAAAUGAGGGAUGUGCAACCUUAGACCCAGGGGACAGUUGCAGCUCUCUUGGCCUUUUUGUCUGGUCCUUAAGACUCUCUUGGGGUCACCUGCCAUGCUCUGUGCUUGAGUGCUUUUGCUUGACAAAUAUGAAAUUGAGCUGUGAUGAUGCUUUUUGAUUGCCUCAGUGGAGGUGCGUGUAUGUAAAACUUGUGACUUUUGCAUGAUGGGAAUACAGACUGCUAUACCAUGCUAAGAGUCAUGCCUGUUGCACUGCCCACUUCUGUCUUUGGACCUGCUCAAUGCUGGCAUGCUGUCCCUAGAAGGUUUUCCCUGAGGCAAUGUGACCCUUGGGCUGGAAAAAGUUUCCAUUCCAAUGCUAAACUGAGUGGAAGCUGAGGCAGAGAUAUUUCCCAACCUAGAGAUUUAUUCUAUUGAUUGAUUUGCCUAAAUUUUUACACUCCUGCAAAGCAGGACUAUCUAAUGCCAUCAGGGAUUGCAUCACCCCCCCCCCGAACUUUGGCAUGGCUCUGUCCAUGCUGUCUCUUCAGAUUAAGCUCCCAGAACCUCCCCCUUUUUAGACUUUUAUGUAAAAGAAUGGAAUUCUAGGCUGCAGUUUGAUAUGGCCAUGAAAAGAGAUGAAUUAAUUUUUUGCUAAGUCAAAUGUUUUAACAAAACUUUGUCGAUUCUUACCAUUGUGUAUCCUCAUUGAAAUCUUCAGUCCUUUGGUAGAGCCUCUGAAUCUCCCUACAAGCACAGUGAAUAGGAAAUUGCCCUCUUGAAGAGUAUUCCUAACAGUGCAAUUCUAUACAUUUCUACUAAAAAGCACUCCCAGGAAAUUGGGUAAAGGAUUGCAACCUCAGUCAAAUCAAAUAUCUUUAAUACGGUCAAUGACCAGGAAGCAAUUUAUAAAAUAUGACAUUAAAAGUAGUAUUGUGCUACAAGUAGCAGUAAAAAUAUGGCCAGUUCACAGAAUUGGUGCUUAUAUUUAUGACCAGGUUUCGAGUUUUAAGUUUUUAAAAUUCAAUUCAGGAGUUGCUACUGUUUGUUAUCGUUCCUUCGAUGUUUACAGUUUGAACUCCUUUGUAGACAUCAUUGCUCUCUUAUUCUUGUUGCAAUGUAACAGUACUUUGCCACAGACCUGUUAAUUUCAGGCUCUUGUCAGCUAAGAGGUGUCUGAUAUAGGUGUCGUCUGUACUACGAGGUAUUUUCCUCAGAAUCGGUUCGAUCAGCUCUUUUCUUGAGUCUCGAUAUAAUGGGCAGUAUAAGAUGACAUGCCCAGUGGUUUCGAUUUCAUUGCUGUUACAGGGACAUAAUCUUUGUUCGAUCGGUAUUUUAUUGUAUCUUCCCUCUAGAAGAGCUGAAGGGAGAGCGUUAAAGCGGGCCCUGGAAAAUGCCCAUCGGUGUUUAGCGUUGUCUAGAACUUUGAGAUAGUUUGCUAGAUGGGGUCUUUGAGUAUUGUAUAGAAGUUUAUAAGUUAUCGGAAGUUGGUUAAAGUCAUUUUGGGUUUCAAUGUCCCUGAGUCUUUCUUUGAUUAUGUUCUUGGCCCUUCCCCUUUCUAAACUUAAUAAAUACUCUGGGGAGAGACCAUAUGUGGCCAGUUUUCUGAGAAUGCCCUUCAACCAGCUAGAUUGGAAUUUGUCAAGAAGCAUCAGGGAAAGUAGUCCAACCGGCGAGUUGUUAAGUCUUAGCCAAGUGCAUAAGGUUCUUAUCCAUACUUUGGCUUUAAUGCUGUAUAAGCCCGCUUCCAGUCGUAGGGCGGCGUUUGGGACGCAUUUAGGUGUUUGCAGGAGUGAUCUAAGGAAACCUGAUUGUAUCUUCUCAUAUGGGUCUAGAUUAGAGAGGGAGACGAGUGGUGCGCCGUAUAGGAUUUGUGCUGUUGGUUUUGCAACGAAUAGUUUAAUUGUAGCAGGAAUGAAAUUUCCUCCCGUUGUACGAUGGAAUCUUAGGAUUGCUGUUGUACUUUUUUGUGCUGUAAAGGAGCUGUAGUUUAUGUGGGCAGUCUUCUUCCUUGAUGCUUGGAAUAUCACUCCUAGAUAUUUAAAGCAUGUCACUUGUUCAAUCUCCUGAUUGUCUAAAUUCCAUCUGUAUAUUUUCCUUUUGUUAGAGAAAACCAUGAUUUUUGUUUUUGGUAGUUCACUGCUAGUUUCUCUUCUCUACAAUAUUGGGAUAAGCUGUUAAGAGCUCUUUUGAGGCCCAUCUGAGUCUGGAACAAUAUAACCGCAUCGUCUGCAUAGAGUAGGAUAGGCAGUUUUUUGUCUGCUAAUUUUGGGGCGUGUGUAUCCGCUCCUUGUAGAUAGUCUAUUAGGGAGUUUAUAUAGAUGUUGAACAAAAAGGGGGCCAAAAUGCAUCCUUGUUUAACUCCCUUUGUUGUUCUAAUGAAAUUAGAGAGUUGACCUUCUUGGCUGCAUCUUAUACGAUGUCGUGUGUUGCUGUACAGUUUGUAUAUUAGUAGCAGCAGACGUCGGUCUAUGGAUGGUUUGUUGAGUUUGUCCCAGAGUCGAGCUCUUGGGAUGGAGUCAAAGGCUGCUUUAAAAUCUACAAAUGCUGCGAAUAGGUGGUGUUUGUGGUGCAACGUGUAUUUCUCAGCUAGGUGCUGUAAGAUCAGGCAGUGAUCCAUUGUGGAUCUCCCUUGUCUAAAUCCUGCCUGUGCAUCAUCAAGAAUCUUCGCUCUUUCUAUCCAUUCGCACAGUUUCUCGCUGAGGUGUUUAGCGUAUAAUUUACUUAUUAUAUUCAGGAGGCUUAUAGGUCUAUAGUUGGAGGGAUCGUCCCUCGAGCCUUUUUUGUAAAUGGGAAUAAUGAUGGAAGUCCCCCAGUCGUAUGGGAUCUGUGCAGUUCUAUCUAUAUAUGUGAACAGAGAGGCUAGCAAGGGGGCCCACCAGUUCGCAUUGGUUUUAAAUAGUUCUGCUGGUAUACAGUCAAUUCCGGGGGCUUUCCCGUUCUUUAGUUUGCAACCUCAGUCUUCUGACUCAGCCAGGAGAUUUUGUCCCACAGCUGAGACAUUUGUAGUUUCAGGUGGGGGUGCAGAGGUAGACUGUAAUCUGAUGGGGACUGUUGGCAUAAUUUGCUCACUGGUCUUUCCCUAAGCCAGUGGUGAGGAACCUUUUCCAGUCUGAAAGCUGCAUUCUCUCCUGAGCAGUCUUCUGGGGGCCCCACAUGCCGGCGACAGGCAGCACCAGAGGAAGAAAUGGGUGUGACCAGAGGCAAAGUGGGUGGAAGUACACAUGUAACUCUUUAAGCAGUAGGCUACAACCCAGCCACAGGUCAGAUGUUUCUACCCUCUCCAUAUGUAAAAGAACAUUAAGAAUAGCUCGAUAGAGAGGGCUGGCAGACAUUUAGCCUGCGUUUCUGAGGUUCCCCUCCAUUCAAACUUCUAGCACACCAAUUUUUGUUGAAUUGGGAUUUUCAGUUGAAUUGGGAUUUUUUAAAAUAGCUUUUUAAAAAGGGGCUUUUCUUUUUGUUGAGUGGCUCCAGUAGAUUCAUAGCCUUUGGGAAAAAGCAGAAGAUCAACCCUUUCUAGGAAAACUAUAACUUAACUGAUUCUGUAUAUCUGUAUUCACGAACUUUAUCCAGGUUUGGUUUAGUUUUGACAGGCUGCAGACAAAUACCUUACCAAUUUUUAUUUUGCAAACUGUUAACGUUGCAGGGAUGUUACUUUCUCUGCAUGUUAGCAACCGGGAUCGUAUUCUAUGGACUGCUGCAGUUCUAGCAGCUCAUAUUGUACAAAUAUAAAUUGUUUUCUUAACAGGUUUAUAUAAUAACCCUUGCACCACUUAAGGUAUAGUAAUUAAAGUGCUUCAUAUUUACAUUUCAGGGAUCGUCCAAUCAAAUUUGCUGAGAGGUCAAGGCCUGGCGUUCAAAUAUCUUGUUCUUCUUUCAGCUCUGGUAUGUAUAUAUAUUUCAGGAACAGAAACCACGUAGGGAAUGGUUUUCUGCAAAAAAAAGUUGGUCUUGUUUUUGAAAGAGCUAACUAGUUCAGAAAACACAACUAAUUUUUUCAGGAAAAUGCAGACUUAGGAAGAUUCUAACCAGAGCCAAUAUUAAUUGACAAAAAUAUCUAGGAAAUGAUUGGGAUCUAGGACAUUGGUUGCUCUUGGAAAAUAUAAUUGAUGGAACUUUCAGCUUCAGGCACAAACAUUAACUUUUCACAGCACUAUGUCAUUAAAUCUAUAUUGAGUUCUAGUACAGGUUGAUUUUGCUAGCAGCUUUACUUUGUAGGCAGUUUGUCUUACUAGGAUUUCCACCCUUGAGUAUUUCUCUUGAAACCUGAAAUAAAGUGAAUUACUGUUACACAUUCCUUGCUGUUUAGGUUCUUUAUAAAAAGUACUUCAGCAAAGCACUUGAGGUUCUUAAUGCCAUUUUAGUGGACCUUUAGCAUGAUCUUGUAUUGUGCCAAAUUGAGGGGGUGUGCAGGGUCUAGUCUGACAUUCCAUGGUGCAGUAAUUCUAUGGUAAUGUUUUGGAUAAUUGUGUGCAUUUUAUCUGUUUAGUUUGCCAAAUAUAGAUGUCAGUGUUCUUUGAAUAAUAAAACACUUUCAGAAUUCACAGCUCCUGAAGGAAAAAUGCAUCACAUGGUUCACAUUUUGCUCUCUUGAAAUGUUACUUUUCAAAUCUGGCAAUACCAUUUGAACAACAAUCAUGAUUUGCUGAAUGAAAAAUGUAAGGUUUAUUGAUUUUUUUCUUCUUGUCUUUAUCUCCUGCCCAACUCCUGCUUUUUAGGUGGUAUGUUUGUUGUAACAGGGAGCACUGACCAUGUGAUAAGAAUAUAUUACUUGGGUUCUGAGACUCCAGAGAAAACUGCUGUGUUAGAAUCUCAUACGGUAAGAAUGAAGCAGGAAAUCACACUUGCAUUUUUUUUUUAAAAAAAAAACCCUGCUCAGAAGUUUAGGUUGUGCAUUUUAACACAGGCUUACCCUGAUAAAAGUUCUUGUCUGGAAAACAUCUUUGUUAUCUUCUGUGGAAGAGGCUGCUUCAUGGCACAUUCAAGAAAAAUUGCUUCUCUUUUGAAACAAACAAGGGAGCCUUUGCAGCCUAGGGAGCAUGGUGCUUUCCAUGAAGUUUUGUGUGUGCAAAGACUGCUGUUUUGAGACUAAUCUAUGGUUGGUAACAAAACUUUCAUGCUAAUUGACCAGGACCUUCUGCAAUAAGCAGAAAUGGUGUUAAGAUUAAUACAGUGUACUUAUAAUGGUGGAAUUAGUUUUGGCAAAAAUAUUGCAGCAUGUAGUUUCUUUUUCUGUCAAAUAUAUUUUGCUGUAAAGGAAAGUGAUAUGUGUCUGUUUGGUUUUUGACAGAAGCAGCAAGGCCAUGGGAUGCCAUGACCAAAGUACAUGGUACUCUGAGCCAAUGUCAUGGUUAUGUGGAGUGGUGGGUGAUCAAAGCACCAGUGUUUUGGGAUAGCAAAUAGGAAGGUGCCCCUCCAUAGAGUGCCAAUACUUACGGGUAUUAAUUUGUGCAUGCAUGGUAUCCAAAUGAAACAUGGUGGCUGAAAGUGGUAUGCCAGUGACCUCAGGGAGCAAUAGAAUUCAGUACAUGCUGCUGGCCAUACACUGGGGCAAAAGACAGGUGAGUCAGAUAAAGGGCUGAUGCAUGUUUUGUUGACACUUGCUGCUAAGAUGUUCUGGACACUCUAGAAACAUGUGGAUGGAGGAGAGCAGGGUUGUACAUAAGCUGACUGUAGAGAAAAGUAUUGAUGAAAACAAUUAUUUUCUAUUUUUUUAAGGACAAAGUAGUUGCUGUUCAGUUCUGCAACAGUGGAGGCAGGUAAGCAUUUCUUUUGUUCUUCUCCCAUGAUGUUAUUGCUGUAUUUGAUUUUCCAUAAUAUUUUUUUAAUUUCUUACGCUACUUGUGAAAUAUAAACAGUCAUUUACAAACGUCUUGUAAACUGCUUUACUACAGUCAAGCAGUAUAUACAUUUUCUAAAUUAAAAUGAGGGAUUUAUCUUAAACUGAUCAAUGGCAACUUUCUAUCUGUUUGGACUUCUGAUUCAAAGCAGAACUGAAAACGACAGUCUAAAUUGCGCUUCCAAUUUUGGCUUGGAUUGAACAGCGUACUAUGGUUUGCUGCAACCAGGAAAUAGUUAACUGGGGCAUGUAAUGGGUUGAAGAGGCAAAGCUGAAAAAUGGCAUGAGUAGCCAAACUGUGGUUAGGCUGAGACAUCUCAGCUGGGACAAAGUGUUCUGAAUUGCAUUGUGAAGUGUGGUGGAUAGCUGUUCAGUAUUAUACUUUUUUAAACCUUUAUAUCCCACUUAUAUUCACUAAGUGACUUUAAUUAAAGGAAAUUAAUGAAAAUAUUACCUGUUAAUUAGCCACUAUAUAAAAACAUCUGAUAAGCAACUAGUAGCCAGUUCAGUUGAGUUUUAUUCCGAUGCUUACUAAAUGUUUAAUAUCUGGUUGGUGAGCUUGUGAACUGACCACAUGGUAUAAAGCAUUGCAUUUUGAAGAGUUAGGAGAGUUCUAGGGUUGGCUUGUUCAGCCAUGAAAGCUGUUUCUAGAUGUUGCUGUCAUUUAGAACGUGCAUGUGAAGCUACCCUGAAUCAAAGGCACAUGCAAACCUUGCCCCCUUGUGCUGCAUUUUGUGUUAAGUGUGUUUGUGGGUACCAGUGCAGGGUCAAUCACAAGAUAGUGGCCCUUAAAAAAAAUAAAAUGGAAAUAUUAUUAUACAGGAGUUCAGGGUGCCGGUAGACCAAAUUCUGAACUGGGUAGGGGAAAAGCAGGUUGGAGAGCAAAGCAGAGGGGCUUCAGAGCCCUACACAUGUAACUUUUUUCCUUUUCCCUUUUACUCGAAAAUACAGACUAAGAUUUGUCAGUGGAAGCAGAGAUGGAACAGCCAGAAUCUGGCAAUAUCAGCAGCAAGAAUGGAAGAGUAUAGUGUUGGAGAUGGCGACUAAGAUGACUGGGUAAAAGGCAGAAAAAUGUUUAUAAUUUAACCUCAAUAGACAAAGGAAUUCAAAUGUUCAAAACACAGUAAUAUUUAUUUCUGUGGUUGAAAUCCAGAAAUGUUCGUUUUCUUCACCUGUUUCAGCAUCUCUCCCUUCUAGCCAUUUUCCUGUUGUGGCUUUUGUGUAACUCAGGGUUUCUGGGGAAACCAAACCAUCUUGUUACCUAUGGAAAGUUUUGUCAUGGUAUUCAUAGUAGCGUUAAGCUGCACCCAUCUGGUUGCUUCCCAUCAUCAUGUUACGUGUAGCGCAUGGGGCUUGCUGUUAAAAAUUUGUAAAGCUACAGUACAUCUUACUGGGCACAUGCAUUUCUCUAGAGGGGAGCACUGGCCUACUUUCUGAACUAACUGUACCUGGUUGAGACACAGUGAGUUGUACUAGAAGGGAGCUCUUUUUUGCAUUAGAAUCUGACAGAGUUUCCACAGAAAGGAACCUUGUAGUCUGUGUUGAGCAUUAAACCAAACAGGAUAAUUAUCAGGAAUAUAAAAGGCAGAUCUUUUCAGAGAGCAUUUGGUUAUUUUAUAAGCUACUUAUUCUACAUUUCUUGUUUCCUCUAAAGAUUCAGCAAAAUUUGAAUGUGUAAUGCUCACAGAACUUGCAUUUUCUACAUGUAUUCUCUGGCGGCUGAAAAAUGUUAGGUUUAAAUAAAUAAAUUCCUUUAUACUACUGUUUGCAUGUACAGUUAAACCUCGGUUAUUGAACGUAAUCCAUUCCGGAAGUCCAUUUGGCUUCCGAAAUGUUUGACAACUGAGGCGCAGCUUUAGAUUGGCUGCAACAGCUUCCUGCACUCAAGCAGAAGCCGUGUUGGACUUUUGGCUUCUGAAAAACACUAGAAAACCGAAGCAUUUACUUCUGGGUUUUCGGCCUUCGGGAGCCAAAACGUUCCAAAAUGGAGGCAUUUGGGAGCCGUGGUUUGACUAUUGUUUUGAUCUGGCCAGCUUUUUACUGACAAUGGUUUAGUGAUGAUAAUCGGUUUCCGACAUCUGGAAAUUAAGGCCAAGUAUGAUUGUUUGUUUGUUUGUUUGUUUGUUUGUUUGUUUGUUUAAAGAAAGGGGUGGGAAACAGGAUGUAGCAUGUGGGUCGAAUCUUCAGCUCCUCACUCCCACCUGGCAGGCCACUUCGACAGGUGGGCGGGACUAGUAAACUUUUUGGAACCUGUAGUUUCUUCCUCUGGGGCAGCUGCACAAAAGGUGGAUGGGGAGGGGUAAGUUCCUAGGAUCACAGCCCAAAUGUAUCCCAUGGCUGCUUUUAACAUCUUCAAAAAACAAUCUGAUCAAAGAUUUCCCAGUGUCACAUUUAGUUUGGCUCUAAGUUGGUACUUAAAAGUUUCAUUUGACUAGAUUCUUCUUUAACGUCUACAUUUUCUCAGAAAUAGCCAAGUGUCUGGGGAAGACAAGGUGUCCAAGUUGAAGGUGACUAUGGUAGCUUGGGAUCGUUAUGAUACUACUGUUAUUACAGCAGUCAACAAUUUCCUUUUGAAAGUGUGGAACUCUACUACUGGGCAGCUUCUUCACAACCUAACUGUAAGUUAGACCUUCAGUCGAUUAGCUUUUUAAGAGGAUCUGCAUUUAGUGCUCUCUCUGUUGUGUGCCACUGAACUGGGGUCUGGCACUAAGCUUUGGCAUCUUUAAGAAUUAAGAUUCUGAUCAUGCUUGUGGAGAACAGCUGAGAAACUUGCAAACAGCAUCAGAUGAGUCCAGGAGUGGUACGGACCAAGGACUGGUGAUCUUUUAUCAGAAACACAUCAAAACAAAUAUACAGAAAACAAAAUAAUUGAUCAAAUUAGUAUCAUUUUCCUAAUGGGAGGAGAAAGCUGUUAUCAUUUUUCCUGCAUUCUAACCAAUUGAUGGUUGGCUGGUUGGUUGGUUAAUCAAUCAAAUAAGAUUUUCCUGUUGUUUACUAUCCAUCUGCCUUCUAACUGAUCAUUUAACUAAUUAAAUUAUAAAUAUAUUUAUAGUUUUUACCAAAACUUCAAUGAAGGAACCCUUCUGAGGCACUUCUGAGAAAAUGUUAGCGUGUUUACAAUUGAAUGAAUAAAAGAUACCACUUAUUGUUCAGGAGGGGGUUACUUGUGUUUCAUAAUACAAUUAGAAUUUUCAUAAUAUAAGUGGAACUAAAACCCGCACCCCAGUAUUAAAGUUUCAUAUAUAUUAGAAUAUCAGAUCCUCCCAGAUACCUGUUGUGUCCAAAAAAUUCCCACAGGGUUGGAAAAUACUGUGAUAGGCAGGUAUAUUACUCUGUCUGAUCCCAGGAAGAAAGAGCAGAGAUAGGUGAAUUCUUGCUUGGCCAAAAAAGCAGGCUGCUCUUGUGUUAAGUGUUCUCAGUAAGAUUCUCCAUUGUUAAGCUGAACAAUAGAGCAGCCUCAUUUGUUCCUGUGUGACUAUUCCCAAUAACAAAAUCCUGACCUGUGGGAGUAGGGUGAACUGGGAGCAGUGGGCAGGCAAGUGGGACAAUUGUCUUCUAGGUUGUGUAGAGCAGGAACGUCCAACUCCUAAGAGACUGCAAUCUACUCACAGGAAAAAAAGUGGCAGUGAUCUACCCCUUUUUUGGGGGGGGGGGGGUUCUGGCAAAAGUAAAGGGGAAAGGGGAUUAGUUGCUCACCAAAAGAUCGCUAUGAAAACAAUCUGCCUCACAGUGAAAACUCCGUCUUCCUUUCCAGCGAAAAUGGAGAAUGGGGUGAGGGGGUAGGUGCUCUUAGGAAAAGCAAAGGAAAAGGAGCCCAUGAUCGACCGUGAUCGACCUGAAGCUCCAGGGAUUGAUCAAUGGAUCCUGAUCGACCUGUUGGACAUCCCUGGUGUAGAGCUAUCACUUGCACUCAGGAGGCUGAUGUGCCCUUCAGUCCGCAGCAGCAAAUAUCUGUGGAGCCUGUCCCCACUUCAAAUUGGAACUGCUCUAAUAUGAGCAGAGUUGCUUGCAUUUGCAGCUACCCACUGUUUAAAACAAUUGCCUUGUCUUUAAACAGGAGGUCAGUGUGGAUAUGCCUCCUUUCUCUCUCAAUUCCAAAAUAUUAAAAAGUCCCUGAAUAUGGGCUUCUACCUGACAUUGUAGUUUUCUGUGUUAAAACCCUUCUGACAUGCUAGUUUUGUGUCUAUUAGGGGUGUUCAUUUUUCCAUUUAUAUACCAGUUUUCAUAAAAAUUGCAAAGUGGUUUACAAAGCACAAUAUAAAAUACACAAUUGCAAACAACUAAUAAAAGAUCAAUACUAUUUUAAAAAAACCCAAACCAGGGAUUAGUUCAGCAACAGCAUAGUGGUGGACACGUAGGAUUCCUUAAACUUCACAAGGAUCUGAUGGUCUGGGUGACACACCUUUUUGGUAUGAAAGAAUGUUCUGUCAUCGAAGCCUUCAGUCUGAGGUGGUAGACCACAGAAACAUCCAGACCACCUUCAUAAGAUUGAGGCGCUGGUCACCUGUGUGUAUGUGACAAGCAGGGGAGGGGGGAAUGUAACAUGAAGCUUAUAUGGGACAGUAACUACUUCUUAAAAUAUUACUUUCUUUGCAUUUGUUGCAGGGCCAUGAUGAUGAAGUGUUUGUAUUGGAAGCUCACCCAUUUGACCAAAGGAUCAUGCUUUCUGCAGGCCAUGAUGGGAAUAUUUUCAUUUGGGACCUUGAGAAAGGAGCAAAAAUGCGCAAUUACUUUAACAUGGUACUGUAUGACAGGCAGAAUGAGUGGUCAGAUCUUAGAAUCAUAGACUUGUAGAAUUGGAAGGGACCCUAGGGUCAUCUAGUCCAACCCCCUGCAGUACAGAAAACCUUUUGCCUAACAGGCUUGAGCUCCUGACCCUAUGAUUAAGAGUCACAAAUCUGAGAAUUACUGUGUGUUUAUCUGCGGUGGUGCAGGAUCUUUAUAAAGCACCUCAUACCAAAGCAGAGAGAACCCACCUUCACUGUCCUUGGUGAAAAUACAUCUUGCUGAAAAUAGAAGUAAAGUUUCUAUAAGCUUAAUGGUAAAGGUAAAGCACCCCUGACAGUUAAGUCCAGUCGCAAACGACUCUGGGGUUGCGGCUCUCAUCUCACUUUACAGGCCAUGGGAGCCAGUGUUUGUCCACAGCCUGUUUUUCCAGGUCAUGUGGCCAGCAUGACUAAGUCGCUUCUGGUGCAACGGAACACCAAAACCAGAGCAGUGCACAGAAACACUGUUUACCUUCCCGCCGGAGCGGUACCUAUUUGUCUACUUGCACUUUUUGGCGUGCUUUCGAACUGCUAGGUUGGCAGGAGCUGGGACUAAACAAUGGGAGCUCACCCCGUCUUGGGGAUUCAAACUGCUGACCUUCUGAUCGGCAAGCUCAAGAGGCUGAGUGGUUUAUACCACAGUGCCACCCACGUCCCUUAAGCUUACAAUAUAACAAAACCACGCAGGGUGGGAAGGGGGUGGGGGAGAUCUCUGUUGUGAUUAACAGGUCUAAUUCAGUGGGAAAUGUUUUGCCAGGUGCUGGCAAAAACCAAGUGCUUUGUGAGAGGGAUGUUGUUAAAAGAGUUCUGGUGGCAAACUCAGAGCAAAGGGGUGUUUUUUAGCCUAAGUUUAGCCUAGUCUUUCCCUUUUCCCACCCUUUACUUUCAGAUCCUAGUUCUUUUUCUUUCCUGUUGAUAUAAAUUUGCUCCUGAUUACAUUGACUCCUGUGCUUGCUCACCUGUUCCUUUUAGUCAGUGGACCCUCCCCUCCCCCUCAGUUCUGGUCUGUUUCUUUACGUUAAGUGGUCUGUUUGUCUCAAGUGAUUUUAUUCAUCCAUUGUCAGUCUUACAUUCUUUGGGUCCCUUUGUGUGUGCUUUUGCAUCUACUUAUUGUGUGUCAAGUGAUUCUUAUUUAUUUCCAGCCAAGCCAUAGUAUGCCUUUAGUUGUUGUCAUAGUAAUUGCUAGCAUCAUCUUCAUUAUUUCUUUUUUACCCUCCCUCAAACUUUGAAUGCUAUUCUUGUAGGAACUCUUGCAGCUAACCUCUUGAGAUUUGGCAAGAGGUGCUCUGCUUACAAAUUUCAUCAAUUUUCUGCCCAAAAAUGUGAAUGAAAUCUGCAGGCAAUGUAAUUGAAUGGAAGAUGACAAAGCCCUUUUUUUACCCCAAAGUGAACUUGAACCUGGGCUGAACUGGGCAGUGUCUUGAAUGCUUUGAGCUGAGAAUGGUUGUUUUUUUUAAGUGCUGAAUCAGGGUCAGAACCAAAUCUUGUUGUCGGUACACACCCCUAAAAGAAAGGAAAAUUCAGCUUAUAAAUUUGUCCAGAAAAGUUAAGCAGAUCCAAAUGGGUGUUGUGUGUGUUUUACAGAUUGAGGGCCAAGGCCAUGGUGCAGUGUUUGACUGUAAAUUUUCCCCUGAUGGUCAGCACUUUGCCUGUACAGAUUCCCAUGGGCACCUACUAUUGUUUGGAUUCGGAUGCAAUAAGAGUUAUGAAAAGGUGAGUUGGUGGACUCUUAAUGUCCUUCUGUGUUUAGCAGUAUUUGACAUCAUCCAACCAGAAUGAAUCACUUUUAAAGUCCUGUGAAUUGCAAGGAAAAUGUAAGAAUUUGCUUAAAUCUCUCUUAAAGUUAAUGGGAUGUUAAAAGUGCCUAGCUUUGCAAAUGGAUUGUGUGUCCUGUUCUUCUGUGGGAGACAUUCAGACUGGAACUAAUUACUCUAGAGUAAUCCUACUCUCUGGGGUUUAUUGUAUAGCUGCUGGUUUGAGGACUGAUUAACUGAUAAUGUCUGGAGGAACUGAGUCCUUGAUUUAUAAACUGCUAAUAAUGGUGUGAGAAGGAUACAGAUUUUUUUAAAGGCUAAGAAAAUGUGAGAAGUGUGUGUGCACAUGCUCAUGCUUUGUCUUAAGCAGCAGCUUCUUUGCACUCACAAUAAAGAAGAAUUUCUAGAGAAAAAAAUAUAAUAAGAAAACCAGCUAGUGACUCCUAGUAUGUUUACAAGCACAGUUCAGAGUGUUGGUACUGACCUUUGAAGCCCCAAACGGCUUUGGCCAAGUAUACCAGAAGGAGCGUCUCCACCCCCAUCGUUCACUGAGGUUCCAUCGCCAAUGGUCUUCUGGUGGUUCCCUCACAGCGAGAAGUGAAGUACCAGGUAGAGGGCCAUCUCAGCAGUGGCACCCACCUUGUGGAACACCCUCCCAUUAGAGGUCAUGGAGAUAAAGAACUACACAACGUUUAGAAGACAUCUAAAAGCAACCCUGUAUCAGGAAGUUUUUAAUGUGUGACAUUUUAUUAUGUUCUUAAAUUUUGCUGGAAGUCGCCCAGAGUGGCUGAGGAAACCCAGAUAGAUGGGUGGGGUAUAAAUAAUAAGAUUAUUAUUAAUAAUAUUACUUAAAAUGAUUGAGAAAGUUUUGGCCAAGGGUGUUCCUCCUGGGCAGUGUAUUUCACAGGUUAGGGGCACUAUUUUAAAAAACUGCUCUGCCCACUAGGAAGUUUAACCUACCCAUUUAUGGCAGAAAUUUUGAGCAGGACUGCCCUAAAAAUAUUUAAGGAUGUGAAAGUGUGUUAGGGAUAUGUGCACUCCAUAAAGGUUCAGAGUCAAAACCAGAACCUUGAGUUGAAUUUGGAAGAAAACUGGAAAAUGACAGUUUGCAGUGAAUUGGUUAUAAAAAGAAGUUUGUUAAACUCCUUCUCCUGAAGUUGACCACUUAGGACCUCGUAUCUGUGGUUUCAUGUUUCAUUAAAGCUUUUCUUUGUAGUCCUAAGGGUGAGAACUGUGCUUGCUUUUUUUUUAAAAUGAAAACCACAUAGAAAAUACACUUAAUUCUAAGCUUUCGUGGUGCAUAGAAGUAGUUCACAUGCAGGUUUGCUCCUCUAAAGUAGUCUGAAUAGUCUGAUGGGACCAAGGUGAGAAUUAGCAUUUGACAGAUGAUUUCUAGCCAGAAAGACAGUUAACAGAGUAUGCGUUGUAUGAGAAGAAUUAAGAAAUGUAUGUGUAUUUGUACUGAUUUCUAAGUUUGUGUCCGAUGUAGAUCCCGGACCAGAUGUUCUUCCACACAGAUUACCGCCCUCUGAUCCGUGAUGCGAAUAACUAUGUCCUAGAUGAACAAACUCAACAGGCGCCGCAUCUCAUGCCUCCCCCGUUCUUAGUUGAUGUGGAUGGAAAUCCUCACCCCACAAAAUACCAGCGACUGGUGCCAGGGCGGGAAAAUUGUAACGAUGAGCAACUCAUUCCUCAGCUGGGAUAUGUGGCAAACGGUACACCAUAUUUAAAUCACAGAAUCUGAAAUGAAGAGGUGUUUCUUGCCUAUUAUGAAGUUUCUUAGAAUGUAGUAUGCCUAUUAUGAAGUUUCUCUUUUUGGCUAUGGCAGUCUUCAUCCUGCUGGCCUUCAGAUGGUUUGGAUUAUCAAUAUAUGCUGGUUGGAACAUGGGAAUUGCAAUCCAAAACAUCUUGAUAGCAUCAGGUUGGGGUAAGGCUGGGACAUGAGUUAACUCAAGAAAGAAGGGUCCCUCUCUGUCUUGCAUGGGUGAAAACCAUACAUUUGUAUUUCAUGAUCUAGCAGCCUCUGCUUGAUGAGAGAGAAGAUUUGUAAGCCAUCCAAUAGAAGAAGGGAAUCUAUUGCAAUCCCUAUUUGCCUGUGUUUGAGGGUAAUAUCAGAAAAUGAUGUAGAAUUAUGUGUUUCUCUCAAUAAAGAAGUUAGUAAGCAUUCCGGGUCUGUAUUGAAAUGAAUUUUUAGCCAGUAUUUGAAAGUCAUAAUUCAGCCCCUGGAUUCUAGGAGAUGCUGGCUUAACUUUGAACAUAUAGCCAGAUAGGAGACACAUUUUGGAGCCCCUAGAAUUUGUCGGAAGAAGAAUGCCUCUGUACCCUCGACUUGGCUGUUAAAGUCAGUUAUCCAUAAGGAAAUCCCAUAAAGGAGUUGCAAAACAGUUUUUGCUCUAUAUGCCUAACCACUGCAGGCACAUUCUGUUUACCAUCAAGAAAAUAGAAUUGUUUAGUUUGUGCUGCAGAGCACAAAUGGUCACCCAUUUUAGAUUGUAAAAGGUGAUCCCUAAGUAUUUAAAGCUUUUAACUUGUUCAAUUUCUUGAUUACCAAUACACAAUUUAGAUGGAUGCCAACUCUUUGAAAAUAAUCAAUCGAUAGGUGAUUUCCUUGACAGUAAUGAAAGUACACUUUUAGAACUCUGGUGCAGGAGAGGUUAAAAAAAAAGAGAGGGAGUAAAGGACCCCUGGAUGGUUAAGUCCAGUCAAAGGCGUCUGCCUUAGAUCCUAACCGAGGAGGGUUGCCAUUCACAACGAGUAGAUGUUGUUUCAUAUCAUUCAAAAAUAGAUUAAAUAAAUGUGGGGCAAGAAUACAUAUAAAUUUCCCCUUUCGGAUUUCAUAUACUUAUCCGCUAGAAAGGCAAGUGAGAGACAGUGAUCAAUAGUUGAUUUCUAUUUUGUAAAUCUGAUUUACAAAUGUUAAGGACCAAUAAUUCUGUUCCGUUUAAUCCAAUCCAACAGAUAGUGCUCUAAAUGUUUAGAGUUUACUUAUAGUGGACAGGAGACCAAUAGGGUGAUAAUUACACGGCUGCUCAGGAUCACCUUUUUUAUAAAUUGGGAUGAUUACAGAAGUUAACCACGAUUAUGGUAUAAUUCCAGGUUAGCAAGUGGUGAUGUCCACCGAUGUGCAUACUUUUUUCAAAACCUCAGCAGAAAUCCCAUCAGAGCCAGGGGCCUUAUGGGGUUUUAGCUCUGCAGUAAGUUCCAUAAUUUUGUCUGAGCUUACUGGGGGCAAGUUUGGUAUAGUAAAGAGGACAGGCUCAUCAGCAUUUGGAAGAAAGCAGGGUGAGAUUUUGAGUAUUUUAAAAUAGUAGUCCACCCAGGUUUGGGAGGGAAUGGUAGGUACAAUUAAAAAAUAGUAUUCUGGUAGCCAGAAGUUAUUUGCCAGAAGGUUUUAUGAUCAUUCACUUUUACUGCAUUUAUUAAGUGUGUCCAUUUAUUCUGAUGGUAUAUUUUCUUCUUCUUAGCAAUAAGUUCAUUAUAUAACUUCCUACGAGUAAAAUAGGUUUUUUUUGUUUUAUCGUCACCCUUUUUGCAAAGGUCUCUGAACGAUAUUCUGAGCAAUCUUUUCUCUGUAUAGCAUUCCUGGUCAAACCAAGGGGAGGGAUUAGAGAGGGUAACAGAUGCAGGCUUAGCUAUUGUACCACAUUUGUCCAUUACUUGGGAAUAAGCUGUUAUUACUACCUUAAUAGAAUGUGAGUUACUAAGAGUUGUUCUCAAGUGUAACAUUUUGUCUUGAGUCCAGGAAUUUGGUCCCUUUGAAUUGUGGGGACUAUCUAAUCCUUUUCAAAAUACUAUCAGAGGUCUGAUCAGAGUUACCAGGCUUCAAGAUCUUAUUUACUGGGUCGCAUGUAGACAGAAGUAAGGGGGUGUGGUCACUUUCCAUACGGACUCCAAUAGAAAUGAAGUUGAACACCAGAGUGUAGAUUUAGAGAACUGAUCCAAUACAGAUACAAUUAGAAUUAUUUGUGAUAAAUCUGUAUUGCAUUACCCCAUCCAUGGUGAACCACAACAUCUAACUACCAGCUAUUGAAAAGGAAUAAAAAAUAAAUAAAUCUGGGAAAGUGUGUGUAGAUGUGUUUUAAAAAAGUAAUUUUGAAAAAUAUUCUGGUCUUGUUUAUCUGAUAGAUAUGCUUGCAAAGAUUAGCAGUGGGGAAGAAAGGUGUCAUGCACACUCCUUGUAUUUGGGAGUAAGCCAAUGCAAUGGAGCUUCUGUGAAUGAAUGUGCAGAGAUGUUCAGGAUUCAGCUGAGUGUUUCCCAAAGAAAAGGCUCUCAUGAGACAGGAUCCUGUUCCAUUUACAUGCAUCUACACUCGGGGGCAUCCUCUACUAUGAAACUAAUGAAGCUUAAGCUUCAGGGCCCCUCAUCUUAGAGGGGCCCUAAUACUGACUUUAGCCCAUAUUGCUUAAAAUAGACCAAUUUGAGUCACACAACUCAAAUUGAUUAAUUUUUUGUUAUAUAUAUUUCAACAAUCCUGAAGUUUGAGAGUCAGUAGUUCAGAUGUUAUAAAGGUGGAGUGUUAAAGUAGCUUGGAAACUAAAAGGCAAAGGAAAUUUUUAUUCACACCAGUGACUUGUACAUGUGAGAUAAUUCAGUACAGCAAUUUAAAUCAAAAUCUGAGAUGUAGUAGUUAUUUUUUUUUUAAUUGAUCAGUUGUGGAAAAACCCUAUUGAGGAAGUGGUUUGUUGCUGGUUGCGAAGGGCCCCCACAACAUUUCAAGCCUCAGGGCCCCAAAAAUGUAGCUCCACCACUGGCUACACGCCUGUUCCUGUGAUUCAUAUUAGAACAGCCUGUAGGUGCUUCCUUAUACAGGGCUCAAGUGAACUCACACGGGACUGCAGUCCAAUCCCUCCCCCCAAGAAGUCAAAAUAAUAUUUUCCUCUCCCCACAACUCUUAUUGGGUGAACUGAUGAAGGUCUUUUCCCCUUUCUCGUUCACCCCUCUCUUGACUGGUCAGAGAAUAGCUGUCACUGUCAUCAUACCUGCCCAGUCAGGCAGUCAGGCCUGGAAGACUGCAAGGCCUAGUGCUCCAUGAAAGACUCACCUCUGCUCAAGCUGGUGGGAAGCAGUGAAAAGGAGAAAGAGAGGUGGCAGUGGCGGCAGGAUCUGCUGCUUGGUGCAAGAGACCCACACAUUCAGUAAAGAGGGCAGGAAACUCAUCAUGGACUAGCAGCUGAUGGCCCAUGGACUGGCAGUAGUCCAGGGACUACCACUUUGAGUAGCACUGUCCUAGGACAAGUGUGACAAUAAUACCUUUAGGAACAAAUUCCAGAGUGGGAGCUGUGUUAGUCUGUUUCAGAAUAAAAUAAAGAAAAAUGAAAAACAGUGUCUAGUGGCACCUUAAAGACCUACAGACUUAUUGUAUCAUAUUUGUGGGUCAGAUACCAUUUCAUCAGGUGCAUUACGUUUUAACCUUUAUAGAUAGGUUUAAUCACCUGCAAAAACGUUUUAGCAGAGUGAGGCCAGAAAAUUACACAAUACAAGGGAGACUUGGAAAAAUCAACAAAUACACAACACAAAUGAGAUCUGGUCAAAGGUGUGAAAGAUUGAAUCCAUAGGUGUGAUCUGCUUCCAGUUGGUGCUGAUCCAGGCUGGAGCUGGAGUCAUGGUUUCUAACUAUGGAAUGAAAUGGUGGCAUACAAAUAAGAUGAUGACAGUGAUGAUAUUUUAACCAAGUACAGGUUCAGAGAAGACUUAUAAUCACUCUGUUGCUCUGCUAGGUCAUUGUUUGCAGCAGGAUCACCUUCCUCCUCCCAAGUAGUCCCUUCCACGUAGACUUGCAGCAAUAGAACUGUCUGUGAGCCAAGUAGGUGCUCCUCUGGCCCCUUGGACUUCCUGUCAGGUCUGUUGCUGCAUUUGCUCUUGAGACCUGGUGGUGGGUGGGAAUCAGGAACUGAAAGAUGGGUUUGAUGGAUUAUGGGGGGACGAGUGAGUUGUCCCUGAGAUGGGGUUCUUCAGGUUGUUUUCAAACUACUGUGAGAUUCUUCCAGUCCAGAUGGAGUAAGGUUUAUCUGCAGGAUCACAAGCCUUGACCUCCAAAGAGACCUCCAGGCUCUGCGUUGGAUAGGAUCCUAAACCUGCAGGCAAGAUGAAUAUUGUGCAUACAUAAACACCUAGCCAGACGACAGUUACUUUUUUAAAUGAGCAAGCUGUUCCUACGUUUAAUUCUUACUUUAAACGGAGAAUGCAGUCUUCUGAGUUGCACGGGGCUCUUCUUUCACCUGUGUGUCAAGGAAAAAUAGUUCAGUUCAGUACUAGCAUGCGGGCUCACUGGCUAGCACAAAGUUCUUGAUGGGCACAUGGUAACCUGCUUCGGGGUCUCCCAUGGCACACCUUUGGCAUUCACUCUAAUAAAGUAUUGUUGUACAUCUCGGAAUGCUCACUUGAUGCUCUUUUUCUUGCAAAGGUGAUGGUGAAGUUGUGGAGCAGGUGAUUGGGCAGCAAACUAAUGACCAAGAAGAGAGCAUCCUUGAUGGAAUGAUCAGGGAGCUACAACGAGAGCAAGAUCAGAGAAGACUUAAUGGAAGUGAAGCUACUCCAAAUCUUCUGCAAAUCAGAUUUCAGCCUGCUAAUAGUAAGAGUCAUCUCCUGUUAUUCUUCUAGACAAGUGUAGAAGGAUUCAGUGUUCGUUGGUCUUCUUUUGAUACAACAAACACGGUGGGGGAAGUUGAUUAGUCUUCUGGUUUGUUUUGGUAGCUUUGAGAAGUCCAAGUUUGGAUAUAGCUUCCCCCCCAAAUGUUGGGCUCAGACGGAGUGGUCAGAUUGAAGGUGUCCGGCAGAUGCACCACAACGCUCCUAGAAGUCAGAUGGCCACGGAGAGGGAUCUCAUGGCAUGGAGUAGGAGAGUGGUGGUGAACGAGCUGCAUCCUGGGGUUAGCAGGUAAAAACAAUGUUUAGAAUUAUUUCAGGUUUUGUCUUUAUGCAUGUGUGUGCCAUGAUCUUCCUGGAAUCGUUUUAAGGAACUCACCCAUGUUACAGAUCAGCAGAGUAUGUUUGUUUGUUUGUUUGUUUGUUUGUUUGCUGUCACAUCCAACUCCCUUCUUUAGCUUUUCUAAACCUAAGCCAAAGUAGGAGGUUUAACUGACGGACAUACCCGUAGGUCAUCAUCUUGGAAACCCUUAGCCAGUCAUGGCAGGGGAGAGAAACAGCCAAUCAGGAGUGUAUGGGGCUGGUAAAGAAAUUUGAAAGUUUACAUGGCAGAUAGAGCCUGGCUACAAAAGUAGCUAGGUGUGCUUAGGGGUCUGUCUGGCAGGAUAAGCCUGUUUAAUUUCCUCAGGUGGAGGAAAUAGACUGAGAAAGAGGAUAGAGAUACUUUAGGAAGAGGGAAAGCAAAUAGUAAUUGUAGGAGGAGAUACUUUUAAUAGAAACAGUUCUGUUGUAGAGAAUUAUAAGUGAAGUUUAAACCUAAAACGGCAUUUCAGAGAGAAAUUAAAUACUGUGCCUUUAAUAGUGAAACCUUCAAGCGUUAUCCUUUUUGAAUGUGUGUUAAUAGAAACAGUUUUUGUCUCCAUUGUGCCUCAGCUUUGAUUUCUGCGUAGCUUGGGGAAUAGGUUUUCACUGCACUCCCCAGCAUCAAGAGGCCUUGCUGCAGGUUUAUAUUAUACACUACCACAUGCAGAGAAUAUCUGAAUUCUUGGUUGUUUUAGAAAGGGAGUGACCGAGCUUUAAUUAUUCCAUCUUCACUGAGGGAGUAUGUCACAACAGCCCAGGUAACAAAUGCAUAGGUCAAGGCUGGUUCUUCACCAGUUCAUACUUGAAAUUGACAGACGUAGGCAGCAGAGAGGUGUGGUUUGGUGGGUUAAGCAACGUAGCCCCAAGUAUAGUGUUUACAUAGCUGUGUUGCUUUUCUCUAGUGUUCCCUUGCUUUUGCUGGACUUGGAACAUGAAUACACCAGUUGCAGCACCAUAGAAACACAGCACUCUAUACACCUUUGUUCCAUUGUCCUUGUAGAAUUGCAAGGGGCAUUGUUUGAUAAAUUACCCCUUCCCAGAGAUGCUGCUGUAAGGAUCCCUCUAAUCUGGAGAUGAAGAACCUCUAGCCCACAGGCCUGAUUAGACCUAGUACAAGUCCCUGUUUGGCCCACAAAGCCAUUUUCCAAGACCACACCCACUUGCCCCACACCUGACGUCAUUUGUGAUGUAGCUGCCAGUGAACAAUUUGGAGCCUUAAAGUGCACUCCUGCUUAUUCUUUCGCAAGGGAGACUUGCUGUCGCUGCAGAUCAGCUGUUUGAGAGUAACAGCAAACUGGUUGGAAUCAGCCAAAAGCCAGGCUUGAACAGUUGCCUUAUCAGCUUAUCAGUGGUAACUUUGGAUUGGAUUUUUCCUUGCAGCACAGCUUGAGCUCAGUUUGUGCUACAAAGGAAAAAAUUGACUGCUUGGUGUCAUGCUGAUGGCAGGUGAUUGAUAGAUGGGCAGUCCUCCUCACCUGUCAAAGUGGCCUUCCCUGGGUGGGGGAGCUCGGGAUCCAGCUCACCAGUUGGGAAAGGUUUCCCACCACUGCUCUAAUCAAAGACCAUUUGAUUUGCUCAAAAAGUCCUAAAAGCAUAAUAUUUUUCUCUUAUCCCAUUAAAUUUGCAGUUUUGAGAAAUGGUAGCUUUGCGCAUGAAAUCUUAUACAUGUGAACUCAGGAAUAAACUCUGCUGUGCUCACUGUGGCCUGCCACAGGAAAUUGCAGAGGAUUACCUUUUUAGCCACCCUGCACUGACGUCUGUUCUUUAAGUGCAAAAUAAAGACCGCACUUAUCCACUAACUAUCCUGGCUGAGCAAGCUCCAGUUUGCGCAUCAAAUUUUCUCAUCCAGAACAGUUUCCCCAUUCAAUUCAGUGGUGGCUGUUGCGUCUUCCUUUUGUGCAUGCAGAUCUAAUCUCUCUGUUGAAAUGAACACAUAGCAGGAGUGCAUAUAGAAUUCUAGAUAAGUACACUAGCUUCAAUAGAUGGGGAAAAUUCUGAAUCCCCCCCCCAGCAAAAAAAAAAAAAAAAAAAAAGCUUGGAAGCCAGGGUGAUGAAAAUCUAAGAACAUGUUUAAAGGUUCAAAGAUUAACCCAAACUUACCAUCUUCUUAAGAGUUCAAGAGGAAUGCCGAGCUGCAAAAGGCGAAUUAGAAAUUCAUCUGUAUACUCUUGAAAAGAAGAGAAAGCCUUCCCAUACUUUACAAAGGGUGAGAAAUUUUGCUUGUUUUCAGAAAUCCUGUGUAUUCCAUGCUAAGAGCUAGCUAGCCAAGCACAGGUAUAGGAUCUUAAUGCUUUGGUGGGCAGUGCUAUUGGGAGGAAGGGCUGAAAUACCACAGGCAUCCAGGAUUUUUUAGGGAGUAUCCAAGCUUGUGCAAAAGAGCAAAGUUCCACAUAAAUUGCAGGGGAAUGAGGCUGGUGGUGCAUAAUAUGGUGAAUAAGCUUAGCGUAGCUUUAAACUUGACUUCUGAGUAGAGAGCCAGGGAACUGGAGGGUAUCUCAUUUGGGCCUCCUCAUCUUAGGAAGAAUGAUGCAAGUGGGUUCAUGUCCUCAGACUACACAGAUAACUGGAUAAACUCCAUGUAUAUUCAUAUACAUUAAUAAAUUGGGAGUAAGAGUAAGGGAUUGGGGACAUGGGUGGCGCUGUGGUCUAAACCACUGAGCCUAGGGCUUCCUGAUCAGAAAUUUGGCAGUUUGAAUCCCUGCGACGGGGUGAGGUCCCGUUGCUCAGUCCCAGCUCCUGCCAACCUAGCAGUUCGAAAGCACUUCAGAGUGCAAGUGGAUAAAUAGGUACCGCUCCGGCAGGAAGGUAAACGUCGUUUCCGUCUGCUGCUCUGGUUUUGCCAGAAGUGGCUUAGUCAUGCUGGCCACAUGAUCUGCAGACAAAUGUCUGCUCCCUUGGCCAGAAAAGCGAGAUGAGCACCGCAACCCCAGAGUUGUUCACAGUUGGACUUAACUGUCAGGGGUCCUUCACCUUUUUAAGAGUAAGGGAUUAGGUAGGGAGAGCAAGGAGGCUCCAAUUAUAGUGGUUGCAGGUAGUGGGAUGUAUGGUGUAGGGCAUGAGACAGGGCAGAUACAGAGGGUGUUGAAUGCUUAAUUGUUGAUUGCUGCAUGCUGGCUCUUCCUCCUCCAACUGGGGAACCAGUGUCCUGUCAGCCAGCCCUCAAGCCUGAAGAUACUGCUGUUAAACAUCAGACCAGUUUUAAAUAUAAUCUCAUUCACCCACAGUUUGGGCCAGCAGGGGCAGAGUUGUGCUCCCCCCCCCAAUCUUUGCCUGUCUAAGUGUUCAGGGCAGCAUCAGAACAGAUUUCCCCCCCAUGUACAGUGGUAUCUUGGUUCUCGAAUUUAAUCUGUUCCAGGAGUCCAUUUGACUCCCGAAAUGGUUUGAAAACCAAGGCUCUGCUUGGUUCAAAAACUAAGGCGAGUUUCCUGCACUCAAUCGGAAGCUGCUUCGGAUCUUCAUUUUCCGAAAAAUCUUCGCAAACCAGAACACUUGCUUCCGGGUUUGCGGCGUUCAGGACCCGAUUUGUUCGGGACCCAAGCUGUUCGACUACCAAGGUGCCACUGCAUAGUUUAUAAGAAUUCAGUCUCUCUCCCCCAAGUUUCUUGUUUCCCACCCCACCCCCGCCUGAGUACAGAUCUAAAGUGUUUGUAACUUGUGUUGAACACAUGAGGCAGGUUAAGGAUUCUGAUGGUGCCCUGUUCACUGUGCUACUCAUGGCCUCCCUGCCAAUAAAUAUCCCAUCACCUCUGGCCUCUGAUGGGAGUUGGAGUCUGACAUUUGGAGGGCCACAGGUUCCCUAGUUCUGCUUUUAGCUCAGUUGUUUAAUUUGCAUUGGUUGUGGGUUUAUUAUAGCUUAUACUGCAGUAUGCACCUGUAACACUUAGGGGUUUGGGUACAGUGAGGAAAAGAACUUUAUCUACACAAUGAACAUUUAAGGCUGGAAUAAUGAAACAGACCCUUUUACUGGCUAAAAUGGAUGUUUCAAAUACUUCAACCAAGGUUUUGAAUAAAAAUGCUCACCUGUUAGAGAGCCAUAGUUCAGCAUUACAGGCAUGAUCCAGCCCUACAUUAUUGCAUAGAUUUGGUCGAUCUUGAUGUUCGAUGCUGCAAACUUUCCUCUGUAAUCUCAAAUUCUGUGUUCUGUUCUUCCCUGGUACUGUGAAAGUGUGAUUAUCAACCCGGCAGUGGGCGAUCUUUGCGAAGAAACCAACGCAAGCGUCAGCAUGCUUACCAAACACGCUCCACCUUUGAUCAUCAUUCACAAGGUGUACGAAGAAGCUCACAUACUCAGGAAGACUCUGAAAGCUCUUCUGAGGUCAGGUGUCUGGUUAUUAUAUUAAAUCGUGUUAGUGGGGGAAAGCAUUAAAAUAAAAAGUGGACUUUAAACCAUUACCAAAUAUGAUCAAAAUGUUGGAGUUAGAGUUUUGUCACAAUUAGCAGAAGUAAGACUGGAAAUGAGUUCAAGACAAAUUCAGUUGGACAAUUAGGAGCUGGCAGUGAUCUGUGAACAGGUUGGUUUUGCCAGUACGAAAACCCCUACCAGCUAUUUAGAUCACCCUCAAAUUGUUAUGGUUGGGAGUUUGUGUAGCAUAGUGGCUAAGAUGCUAUGAAACAGGAACGCCCAAUUCAAAUCUUGCCUUUAUCAUGAACUUACUGGGUGGCUUUAUGCAAAGCAUGCUUGUCUGAGAAUAUGGGUGAUAGUAUGACCUCAUGGGGUUGCUGUAAGAAUUACAGCUCUUCUCUUGCAUUAUCUAAUUGUAAUCCUUAUAACACAUCUAUAAGAUGCUUACAGAUGCUAAGUAUAAUUAUUUAUUCAGCUAUCUCCCCUUAUUGCUAUUUGAGUCCAAUCUGCAGGUCUGCAAACAUUCUGGAGGGAGAAAUGCUGGCUGUUUGCCCUUAACAGGACUGCUGUUAUGAGUCUGGCACUCUGCUAGUUCUGGAGUGCUGUAAUGGCAGCUUUGAUGUUCAAGGAAGAUGUUUUCCCUUGCAGUUUUCUGUUCACCCGCUGUAUCUAAUGUCAAGAGCAGUUACUAAAGCUUUGCUUAACGCUCAGCUUUGGAUUUUACAGUUUGUGACAAAAGACGGACACAGGUGUUUUCUUUGCACUCCUUUCAGUCAGUUUGAGAAGAUAAAAAGCUGCUGUAUACUAAGUGAGACCAUUGGUCCAUAUAGCUCAGUGUUGCCUACACUGACUGGCAACAGCAGCUCUCCAGGAUUUCAGGCAGGAGUCUCUUUCAGCCCUACCUGAAGAUGUUGGGACUUUCUGCAUGCAAAACUGAUGCUUUACCACUGAGCUGCAGCCCUUCCCCGUUUAGUUAUUGACAGUGUCUUUUAGACCUACACGUAACAAGAGGUGUGCAAUAUGAGAGGGAACUCAUCUUUCUGCUAGCAAAUUUGUGACUGUAGCAAAGUGAUAGAGCAAAUGGACAAAGCUUUCUCUUUUCUUCCCCUCUCAGGAAGAUGACACAGGUGGCACAAGUGAUGCGUCUGUGGACGACAAUGUCACUGCAUGGCAAAGUGAAAGCAGCUCUAGGUAAUUUCUCUUACUCAGUUUUAAAGGGGAAUAUUUCACAAUGAAUGUGCUGCUUGAUACAAGGCCACCUAAUGUGGGGAGGGCACGAUGUGCACAGCACUACAUAGGAACAUUUUGCUGCUCAACAACAAGAAUUUUGUACAAGUAACAGAAAUUAGUGCAGAUUUUUAUCUGCUAAACUGAUAGCAAAUAAAUUUGUGAGUGCUAACUUCUUCCUUUCAGUUUACCUGCUUCCCCUUGUUGUUAGUCUCAUCCUCUGCAGAGUCUGAACAAGAUAAUCACAGCAGAUCAACAGCCAAGCUGUAAAAAAUGUAAAGGAAAAAAGUAAAUAACUUAUAAAUUCAUAUAACAUAUUUGAUGGCCCCCAAAAUUAAACACAUGUGUGUCUAGAGUAACAUGUCUCUAGAGUAAAGCCUCAAUUGCACAUUUUAAACCAUGUUUUUAAUUACAAUAGUUUCUCCCAAUUCUCCCCACCCCCCACCUUGGCUCAAAUGAGUCAAGUAUGCUUUGUCAUAUUGUAUGAAUGUAAAGUGUGGUUUGUGUGUUUCAUGCAAACUAAGCAGUAAGCCAGAAAUAAACCAAUAAUAAACCUUGGCUUAUUUCUGGCUUACAACUUGUAAAGCAUAGCCCAGGUUCAAAUAGGACAUGACACAGUAUGCUUGCUUGAACCAAGGGGGAGAAGUUACUCAGGUACUUAUGUAGGGCCGGGUGAUAUCCGGUUUUCAACAUCAUGAUAUAUCACAAGCUAAACAUUGUGAUUUAGUGAUAUAUCACAGUGUCUGAAACAUGGAACUAUGCAGGGUGGGUGAAGGCUCAGUCACUGGAGAUAGUUGCAGGUGGGGGGGUGAAGAUUGGGCAUGCAGCUGGGCAAAAGAGCAUGGAAAUUGGGUGGGUUGGGAGUGUAAAGAUUGGACGUGUGGUAAGUCAGACACACACACACACACACACACACACACACACACACAGAGAGAGUGAGAGAAGGGAGCAAGGGAGGAAAGAGGCGUGAACGACACAGGGCAAUAUGUUUGGUUUUUUUCUUUUGCGGCAUCUGGGAGGGAAGUCAUUGACUCAGCAUCGGCAGUGGCUUCAUGAAACCGAGCUUUCUGCCAACUGCUACCAGGCAAACACAUGUUAUGUCUGUGCAUACGCGUGCGUGCACACACAGUGAUUUGCCAUGUAUUGCCACGUCAAUUAUUUUUAAAUGGUCAUUGCAUUGUGGUCUAGAAACCGGUAUUGGGCAAUAUUCUCAAUAUAUCUCCUAGCCCUAUGCAAAGCAGAGACAAAGGCACAGGGCAGACUCACAUAAACAAAUCCCAAAACCCCUUGCAGAAUCCCAAAAAUUUCCACUCCCCCCCCCCCAGAUGAGCUUACCUGGCUAGGUAAAUAUGGCUGGCACUCCUGUUGAGGCUCUUGUUUCACUGUGGAAUGGUAAGAUGCAUAGAACAAUUGGCACAAUUGCUCUUGAGUGCCUUCGCUGUCAAGCACAUAGAUUGCCUCAGUAUUCCAAUGAUUUGUGUGGGAUGAAACAGGAGGGGUAGAGGCUACAGUACAGUUGAUGUAUGAUUUGGUGCAAACCUGACAAAACACGGGUGAGGAAGCACCAUCAUGCCUCUCACGUAGUAGUGGUGGGAGCAAACAAAGCCUACUUCUUUGCCACCAUUGUACCCUCAAUUAGCUGUCUGGCAGAACUUUUCAGAAUAGUGAAUGGGAUUUUAUGAUCUGGCCAAUAAUGGGUGCUCUGUAACAACUUUGCAAAGAUACUUCAGAGGCAAAAUUGUUCAGGUUCAGACAGACUUGGAUGCCAAGUCCAAUGGAAGUUUAUAGAGCAACAUCUGUUCCAUCUAUACUGGAUUGGUUUAGAUUAUUGCAUCCUGGGGAUAUGGACAAGCUGCUUAAAGAACUGCCACCAACCACUUGCCUCCUUGACACUUUCUCAUAUUGGCUUCUUAAAACUAGCUAUAGGAGAUUGGAGGAUCCCUGUAGUGAUUAAUGCUUCAUUGGAGAGUAGGGAGGUGCCAUCUGCCUUGAAGGAGGCAGUGGUUCACCCCUUCCUUAGGAAAACCUCCCUGCUGCUAUCCUAUGCAAGCUCCUACUUAUCCAAGAUAAAUGUAGUCUUGGAAACAUCUUCCAGGUCAGAGAUCGGUUUAUUCCAUGGGUUGAUGCAGAACUUUGCAUAGACCCUUCUGGAUUAAGAGUACUACCUUUUCAAAACCUUAAUAAGAUGACGAUUAAAGGUCUAAAUAAUGCCUUUCUUAAACCAACCGUGCAGGUCCAGGGAAAGCUGGACAAAAUCAUUGCCAUUUUAUAGUUUUCCUUUAACACCUACCUAUAUUGGAGCAUGAAAACUUUAAAAGAUGUAGAAAAAUACCAUCAAUUUGCCAGUAGGGGGAGCAGGAGUAUAGAAUAUGCAAUACCUAUAAAAAUAAUAAACCACUGAACUAAGAAAAGAGGAGCUGUAUCAACUUUUGGAUGAUAUCUGUCUUAGUAGGUUUCAAAUAUUUUAUUCUGUAAACGGCUUUGGUAUCUUACGAUGAAGGGCCAUAUCUUUGCUUUUGCUCAGCAGCAGUUUAGGUCUGAAUUAGGUACUCACUAACAUGGUCUGAAAAUAACAUGGUUUACAGAGGGUCACUAAUUCAGAAGUGGUGACAUCUUGUAUUUAAAAGGCACUUCUUUUGGAAUGGACUGGUAACAUGUUAUGUUUGAAAGGAGUGUCUGGGACUGACAUGGGACUGGAGUUACAGGAUGAAGUAUAGAAUGCUAAAUGGGUUAAAUCAUCUUUUAAAACCAUGUCUGCAGAAUUCAAGAACCCACCUUCAAAACAAUACAUAGAUGGCAUUGGACCCCAGUUAAAUUGAAUAGAAUCAAUCUCCAGAAUGUUGGAUGGGUUGUGGUGAGAGUGUUGUUUUGUGCAAGAUUUUUGGAUCACUGUAUUCGAUAAAAUAUCUAUUUAUUAUGAAUAUUAUGAAACAGAAAACGCCUGACCCUGCUUUGGCCCUUUUUAAUGAUUCCACUUUCAAAAGGUCCUCAUUUAUUACAUCCAAAAUUAGUAGCUCUAUUACUGGCAGUGGCCAACUUAGAAAUAGAGAGGCACUGGAAAUCAAGAGGAUUCACCAUGAAGGGUUGGCUCGAUAGAAUAUGGGAUGUAGCACUUUCAGAACAUCUAGCAUACCACAGCUGGGUGAUUAGGGUCCUUUCAAAGGGAGAGGGGAUUUGAAAUAGUUUGGUGGCCAUUUAUAGCAUAUAUUCACACCAAUGAACACUUGUUAUAACCCCCAUCUGGUCAGGUAACAUUAUGGAAUACUUACAUUUAAUAAAUUUAAGAAAUAAGUAACACUCUAUACUAUAAAUAACUAUUGAAAACUAUACUAUAAAUAUGUAUAACAUUCUAUACUAUAAAUAACAUAAUUUAACAAAUAAAUAAAACAACUAAAUAACAUUCACCACACUGUCUCAGAAUAAAUGUACUUACUAUUAAUCAACGGCACUGUUGUAAUCUCCUUCCUUUUAUGCUGUAAUGGUAAAUCUUAUCUUAAUUUCCAAACUGACAACUUCUCCAUCAUAUACUCAACAUAGCUGUAAACAUUAUCUAUAUUGUGCCUUGUCAAUAUUGUUGUUGUUUUGGUUGUAGUAUGAAAAUACAGUAAAAAGUAAAUGGGGGGGGGUAGACCUCACAGGACCUAGAAGUGUUAAACAGUUACCACCCAGUUAUCACCCAAAUAUCCCCUUACUUGGCAAGGUGCUUCAGAAGGUGGUUGCAGUCCAGCUUUAGGCAUGCUUGAAGAAAGCUGAUUACUUGGAUGCAUUCAGACAUGGUCAUGGUAUGGACUCUGUCAUCCUUCUUGAUAACAUUUAUCGGAGAGAGAUGUGGGGAGUGCAAUCCUGCUUCUUUUCUUUGCACUCUCAGCAGCAUUUGAUACUGUUGUUUUCCAGAGUGGACUGGAAUUAACAUUCAGUUAAUAAGAUGGUUCCUCCCACUCACCUGGGUAGGCAGGGACCUUCAAGUCUUCUGCUUCCUCUUCCUGGGGGGAGGAGCCAUCCUGCUCCCCAGAUCUUCCCAGUUUGGGUCGGCUGAGUCCUCUGUUCUAGACAGAACUAUAUUACCUUUUGUUCACUCCACAAAGUGGUUUCCCUAACUUCUCUCUGCUCUGGUUUGUCUACCUUUUUGAUCUGAAGAACAACAACUACUUUUAAAAUAGCUUAAAGAAGGGGAAUCUAUUUAACUUUGUUUUCCCUUAGGUCUUUAAAUCUACAGUUUUCAUUUAUGGCAGCCCAUUCACUUCUUCUCUGCCUCUAACACAAAGAGGACCCUACUAUGUGCCAACUGACACUCACUCUGUGGCUUUUGAAUAGCUUGACCCCCACUCUCCAUACUAUGCAGGCUCUCGCCUUGACUGAUAUAAAUUGUUGCCCACAAGCACCUACAGCAAAAAACCUAUGUCCUUGGCCACCAUAGCAACAGAGCAAAAAACAAAAAGGAGGUGGCAAUAACCAACAGAUGGUGUUUAUCUCCUCUUACUAUCUUGAUGAAGCUCAAAGGCCUCAUGGGCAGUAGCGCUGCUAGGUAGAGGUGGAUUUGCUGUCCUCCCCAUUUCUCUUCUCAGUGCUACAUGGCACAGACAGAGUUGAGGGUCUUCCAUGGUUUGGGAGAAGGAAGAGCACCAGCACUCAUUAAACACUACUUUUUCUCUUAUUGAGAAAUUGAAUAGAUCUGCCAUUUAGAGAUGUGUAAAUGUAUUCAUGAUACCGAGUUCCUGAUAAAACCACUUUUGAUAUUAGUCAUGAAUGAAGGAUUUUAUGUUUGCUUUCGUAUGGAGUUCACCAUUUACAAAUGAUUUCAUAUACUCUAGAGCCACAUCAAUUUCUUCCUUUUAUAUUUUGGUAGUUAUAAAAAUAGGUAUAUAUUAAUUUGAAAGGUAUUUGUGAAAUAUAGUAUUAGUUUAUAUAUAUAUUCUAAACCCUAACUUGGCUGUUUUGGGUUUUUAUUUCCUUUUGCUUUUCAUCCAGUAUAAUCAGUAAUUCCCCCUCCCCGCCCUCAAGCAGCAAGCUCUGGUCUUCCCUUUGUGGCCCUGAAAAUAUGUCCCACUGGGAACAAAAUCGGUUUUCUAAGAAUUUUGUUAUGUGAAUCUUUCAGCGAUUCAUCCAGUGAAUAUUCUGACUGGACUGCAGAUGCCGGAAUAAACCUUCAACCUCCGAAAAGACAAACAAGACAGGCAACUCGCAAAAUGUGUAGCAGUUCUGAAGAUGAAAAUAUGAAAGAUAUGAAGGGACAGGAAGAAAAACGCAAAAAACCCAAACAGACAAGGAAAAAGGUCUAUAGGCUUUUCUGAAUAAAACUUUACCCCUCCCCUCCUCUUUUGGGAAAGGUAAACCAGUUAGCGUAUUUUUCGCUCCAUAGGACACACCUAGUUUUUAGAGGAGGAAGGGGGGAAAGCCCCUUUUGGAGGGGGGAACGGCUCAAAGUUGUGCAGCUUCUUUUGCAAAGGGGAAAAGCCCCUUUUUUUGAGGAUCAGCUCGAAGUUGUUGAGUUUACUUUGCAAAGGGGAAAAAUCCUGUUUUUAUGGGGUUCAGCUCACAGUUCUGCAGCUUCUUUAGAAAAGGAAAGGAAAGGGAGCCGUUUCUACAGUUUCCAGACAGAUAAUCUAAUCAGCCAGUCACAUGUUGCUGGGGAAACAAACAGCCUCCAUCUGCAGAACAUUCAACAAUGGAGGCCUGGGCAAGGGGGCGGGGGCGGAAAGGGAGCCAGCGAUCAACCACACAUUUGCUCCAUAAGACGCACAGACGUUUCCCCUUACUUUUUAGGAGGAAAAAAGUGUGUCUUAUGGAGCGAAAAAAUACGGUACUUGUGUUUAAACUCUGUAAUGUUUUUGUUUUAAGAAACCUAGUGGACGGCUUUCGAUGGAUGGUGAACCCACUGAAGAAUGGUUUGCUCCACAUUGGAUACUGGAUACCAUACCGCGGCGUUCCCCCUUCGUUCCACAAAUGGGAGAUGAGGUAGCUAUUUGUUUAUUUAACUGGAGUAGGGCAUGUCAUUUUAGGGGGUGAAACCUAAUUUUUGCAAAUUUCUGCAGUGAGGGGUCUUAUAUACAGUGGUACCUCAGUUUUUGAACGCCUCCGUAGUCAAACGUUUUGGAACUCAAAUGCUGAAAAACCAGAAGUAACUGCCUCGGUUUUUGAACGCACCUUGGAAGUCGAACAGGAAACGCAGUUUCUGUUUUGAGUUUUCUGUAUUGAGGCUUCCACUUUGAUGAUGAUGAUGAUGAUGAUGAUGAUGAUAAAUUAUUAUUUAUACCCUGCCCAUCUAGCUGGGUUUGAGGCUUCCGCUUUCAGUUUUCGGUUUUUGAAUGGACUUCCGGAAUGGAUUACCGUAUUUUUCGUUCUAUAGGACGCACAUUUUCCCCUCCAAAAAUUAAGGGGAAAUGUGUGUGCAUCCUAUAGAGCGAAUGCAGGCUGCGCCGCUAAGCCCAAAGCCAGAACAGGAAGACGGAGCGCUGCGGAGCGCUCCGUCUUGCUGCUCUAGCUUGGGGACGGCUGCGCGCAAACCUCUGCAGGGCAGCGGGGUGCCUUCACCCCGCUGUCCUGCAGAAGCUAGCAAGGCUGUUCCGAAGCCAGAACAGCGAGACGGAGGGCUCCGUCUCGCUGCUCUAGCUUGGGGACGGCUGCGCGCAAACCUCUGCAGGGCAGCGGCGUGCCUUCACCCCGCUGCCCUGCAGAAGCUAGCAAGGCUGUUCCGAAGCCAGAACAGCGAGACGGAGGGCUCUGUCUCGCUGCUCUAGCUUGGGGACGGCUGCGCGCAAACCUCUGCAGGGCAGCGGGGUGCCUUCACCCCGCUGUCCUGCAGAAGCUAGCAAGGCUGUUCUCAAGCCAGAACAGCGAGACGGAGGGCUCCAUCUUGCUGCUCUAGCUUGGGGACAGCUGCGCGCAAACCUCUGCAGGACAGCGGGGCGCUGCGCUCCAAAGGCUUCAGGGAUCUUUGAGGCUGGCGGUGGGGGAAAGCAGCGCUUCCCCCCAUCGCCAGCCCCACAAGCUCUGGUGAAUGUACCUUGAACGCACCUUGUUUUAGAGGGGGAGAACAAGAAAAAUUUUUUUUUCCUGUUCUCCCCCUCCUAUGGUCCGGUGCGUCCUAUGGUCCGGUGCGUCCAAUGGAGCGAAAAAUACGGUAUGUUUGAAAACUGAGGUACCACUGUAUAUAAUUUGGGGUGUGAGGAAUUAAAAUCUGCUAAUAUUUUUUUUGUGAUUGGACAACAUUUAGCUGGGUGAAUCUACAUUUGAUUAAGUAGCACAAACUGCUUUUAGAAAAACAAACUUAAUUUUAAUUUUGCCUUCCGAAAAUGUCAGGUAAUAAUAUAAAAACUUUAGAUUCUCUGCAUAAAGCAUAUCCUACUAAGCGUACAACAUAAAGCAACAUUAGAAAAGAAUGACAUCAGUUUAUAAGAAACUUAAACAAGUUUCAUCAGGUCUUGCUUUGCUUCGUUCUUGGACAUCAACUGCCAACUUGCUUCUUGGCCUCUGAUGUAGCCCUGCUGCCUCUGUGACUUGUUGCACACACCUCUCCAUAGACUGAGCAUGACAGGGCCGCAGUGGAACUUGAAUGAGUUCGGCAAUGAACUUCUUUAUUUCAGCUGUAGUAAGUUGACGUGCAAAAGAGCUUCAUGAACCUCGUCAGACCAAUCGAUCAGCUCCCAACAAGGACGAAGCACUGGGGCUGAUGGAAGGUGUCUUCCUCAUACUUCUCUGCUUAGAUUCAGCCAGCCAUCUUGUUUUGUCUCAUCUCCUUGCCACUUCGCUUUUUAACUUUUCUGUUACGCUCAGGCCUAUAUAAGAUAACAGCAAGUACUUGGCAAUCAUUUUAUGCAAUUUAUUUCAUUUUAUUAUAUAUCUUGUAAAAUAAUUUUAUUAGUGUCCCCCCCCCACAAAAUUUGACAUUCAAUUCACUUUCAGUACAAUAAUUUCUUACAUUUUGACUUCCCAUCCGUCCUUUCAAGUUGUACCUGCUGUAUUCCUUUAUCUGCUGGCAUUUAUUUUCUAUUGUAUUAUAACUUAUAUUGCAGUCGUUUAUUUAUUCUCCUUCCCUUGCCUAUUAUUCAAAUCCUGCUUGUGAUUUCAUUUGGCUAUAGUUUAUUCUCAUCUUUUUGAUCUCUUGUAUUUGCUGUCAACUUCGCCAUCUCUACAUAGUCCAUUACUUUAAAAUCCAUUCUUCUUUCAUUGCGACUUUUUCUUUCCAUUUCUGCACAUACAAGAUUCUGGCUGUGGUAGGAGCAUACAUAAACAUAAACAACAUAACCAUUUCCUUUGGAACCUCUGCCCCUAUAAUCCCCAGAUUAAAUGCUUCAGGCCUCUUGGGAAUAAUUAUUUUAAAAAUCUUUUAAAAUUCAUUAUGUAGAUUUUAAUACAGUUUUAUACACAUUUUUUUUUCAUAAAACAAGUUUAAAAUUACUGAAAAUUCCACAUCAGGUUGUCAAAGUCUGCUCUAUCACGUAGCACAGAAAAUUGUUUUAGCAAUCCCUGAAGAAUCAGAAGUCCUGUUUCUUGAAAUAUGUACAUCGAACCUUAAUACAUUGAUCUUUCUGCAUCUUUGAGAGCUCUUCUGUUCCAUUGUGUCUCCUGGCAUGCACAAAUGAUGCAUAUUUAGGAACUAGCAAGCGGAUCAUUAUUUAUUUACUUUGGGAUAUUUAUUUCCAAAUUAAGGAUAAGUUUUGAAAGCUGAGGCUUGGUGUAUUGUGAAUCAGAGUGUCAUUUAAUUUUCUUCCUUUCAGGUAAUCUAUUUCAGGCAAGGGCAUGAAGCUUAUGUGCGUGCAGUUCGAAAGGCAAAGAUCUACAGUGUAAACAUGCAGAAACAACCAUGGAAUAAAAUGGAACUCAGGGUAAGGAGAGCUUCAGAGUUAUAUUGUUGUUUUUUAUCACUGGGUUGAAUAAACCCAGUGAACCUGCCGAAUACCAAGUUAGACCAUUGACUAAUCUAUUGCCUUACACAAAUCAGCAGUAGCUCUCCAAGGCUUGGGGCAGGAAUCAUUCCCAACCUUACCUGGAGAUGCCAGAGAGUGAACCUGGGAUCUCCCAUGUGCAAAUCAUGUACUCUGCCUGUCUGAGUCACACAUCCUGCCCACAACAGAGACUUAAGGAGACUUGAGGCAAAAUAAUCCUGUGCAGAAGCAUCUGUCUGAUUAACUCACCUGGUGCAGAUUACAUUGUGUCACAGGCAGAGAGCAGAUAUCCAGGAGUGUGGGACUUGGCUUGAAGGUCACAUUCAACUUCACAUUGUGUAGAGGCCAUUAUCAAAAACCGCACAUCUGCAUUUUGUGAACUUGAAUUUCUCCCCUGCCAUCAUAUUCUUGAGCUUCUCCCCUCGUCCCUCCAACUCAAGUGCAAAGUAGUAAUAGGGAGUAUGGAUGUGUGGAGGCGAUAGGUUAUAAAUAUACAUGUGAGAAUGUGGACAUGAAUGUAUGAGUUAAUGCAGAAUGAAAAAUGGGUCAAUGUAGAAUGAAAAGUGGCAGCGGGGAGACGCUUGUUUUUUAUGGUCAAGUUGGGAAUUCACACUUGUUUAAAACAACCCCCUUUGUGUAUGUGCUUCAAAUAAAAUGUACAUGCACAACUAAGCUUUGACCUCCAGUGCUGUUUUGACAAACAGGAACAAGAAUUUGUGAAGAUUGUGGGAAUUAAGUAUGAAGUUGGACCACCUACGCUUUGCUGCUUGAAGCUUGCCUUUCUUUAUCCAACCUCAGGCAAAAUGACUGGUGAAUCAUUUUCCAUUAAGUAAGUGGCUGGCUAAAUGGGCGCUUGUCCAUCACCAACUCACAUUCUCUCUCCCCCCCCCCCACAAACUAAUUCAAAAACUUGUCUCCCUAAUAAUAUUUAGGAAAAGAAGCAUGCUCAUCACUUUGAGCAUUUUCCUGUGCCAUCAAGACGCGGACAAUGUAUUUGAUCACAUGGCAAAGAAGCACAGAACAUGAUUUAAAUGUUAUUAAAAAGGUGGAAAAUGUGCACCACCACCCUGCAAUAUUUAGCCUGGCUUUUUUGAUUGAUUGAUUAUUUAAUUUCUGUACUGCUUAAUAUAUUAAAAAUAUCUCUAAGCUAUGUACAAAAAACUGAAGCAGCAACAAACAAAAUGCUGCAAAAAUACAGUUUCAUAUAAAAAUGUUACAUUAAUACGAAGUUUCUAAUACACAUAUGAAUCAAUAUCAUAAUUACCUUCAAGCCAUGUCUGUGGUUGUACUACCUCCUUCUGAAGAGCUAUUCCACUUCCGUUUCACAGGUACCAUGAUAUGCCAGAUGUUAUUGAUUUCCUUGUGCUGCAUCAGUUUUACAAUGAAGCCAAAGAAAGGAACUGGCAGAUUGGUGAGUGCUAGCUUACCGUUGGCUAGCUCCAUACUCCAUACUCCAUACAUAUGAAAUGUUUUCUGAUUUUAGUUUUUUGUUUGUUAUUUGAUGUAAUCUUACACAUUUUGUAAAUGACUAUAUUUCAAUUGCAGUGUAUAUGUUUUAAUGAGAAAAACUGAAAAAAGAAACAACACUCUAAAAAAAAUGCACACCACUAUUAGUAUUUUUGUGCUUUUUCUGCAUAUAUCACUUGGCUCAUUCCAACUUUUUCUGUUGCAGGAGAUAGAUUCCGCAGCAUAAUAGAUGAUGCAUGGUGGUUUGGAACGGUAGAGAGUCAACAACCAUUCCAGUCCGAUUAUCCUGAUAGUUCCUUCCAGUGCUACAGUGUUCAGUAAGAAUGACUAUGAGUGGGGCUGUGUGUACUUUGAUGCAUUUUUUUUUAAAGACCACUGCAAGAAAAGCUGAGUUCUGUAACCUGUAUUUCUAAGUGAAUUAAGCAAACAUGCUCGCUGAUUGAUACAAUGAUGUACAUACAGUAUCUGUACCUGUCUCUUGAACCAUAAGGAUCCACAAGGCAGCUAACAAAAUAAAAUCAUAGUACAGACUUAGCAGCAAUAAAACAAGACUAGACGUUUAAAACAUUAUAUCUCAGCAGCAAAGAGCCAGCAGCAUUAUACUGCUUAGCAACUACUUAGCAGUCAGUUACAGCGCUUACGAAAAAGCAAUAGGUUGUGUCCAGUUUAUGCAGGGUGGAGCACCUAGUUUUUCCUCAUCUCUCCUACCCCCUACAGCCUUCCAUAUCGCCAAAAAACCUGCUCUUAAGGGUUGGGAGACCUCCUGGGAAAGUGUGGGAUAUGGCACAGGAGGUAGAGAUGACAAAAAUUGACAAAAAUUGGGUUCCAUUAACUCCAUGAGCAGAAAUAGUUUCCAUUAGUGCAAAGAGAGACCUUGGGAUAAACAGCCCAAAGCUUUUGCUUGCUGUGUAUGCCAGUGAGGCAGAGGCUGCCUGCCUCUCCUUCUCUGGUGCCUAACCACUCUUCCCUUUGACAGCCAUAGGUUGCUCUAGGUGGGAUGAUUUUGGCCAAUCUGGGGCUGUCUGGCCCAGGUAUAAGGCAACCUCUUACAUCAUUAUGCUGCAACUAUGUAGGGUGGUGGGAAUUUAUAGUUUCUGACCUUCUCCCCUCUUAACAUGCUUAAACAUUGUGUUCUCAUUUGGAAGCUUUUCUCCAAAUGGCUUCUACUUUGUCAGUCACAGAUGGGACCUUUUUAUUGGUGGUUCCAUUAACCUUAGGCUUUAGAGCCACCAAUAUAAUCCACUUUUGGACUUCUUUAUUUUCCAAGACAUUUAAUGACUGUCUUAUGCGUCUGCUGUGUGUGUGUGUGUGUGUGUGUGUGUGUGUGUGUGUGUUUGUGUACUUAAAAGGGACGCGGGUGGUGCUGUGGUCUAAACCACUGAGCCUAGGGCUUGCCGAUCAGAAGGUCGGCGGUUCGAAUCUCCGCAACAGGGUGAGCUCCUGUUGUUCGGUCCCAGCUCCUGCCAACCUAGCAGUUCAAAAGCAUGUCAAAGUACAAGUACAGUGGUACCUCGGGUUACAGAUGCUUUGGGUUAUAGACUCCACUAACCCAGAAAUAGUACCUCGGGUUAAGAACUUUGCUUCAGGAUGAGAACAGAGAUCGCAUGGCGGUGGGGUGGCGGCAGCGGGAGGCCCCAUUAGCUAAAGUGGUACCUCAGGUUAAGAAUGGACCUCCAGAACGAAUGAAGUUCUUAACCCGAGGUACCACUGUAGAUAAAUAGGUACCGCUCCGCCAUUUCCUUACGCUGCUUUGUUUUCGCCAGAAGCGGCUUAGUCAUGCUGGCCACAUGACCCAGAAAAACUGUCUGCAGACAAAUGUCGGCUCCCUCGGCCAGUAAAGUGAGAUGAGUGCCGCAACCCCAGAGUCGUUCGCGACUGGACUUAAUUGUCAGGGGUCCUUUACCUUUUAUAUACAGUACUUAAAAAGAACUUUUUAUUGAUGUGGUCUGUAUGUGUAUGAAUUUAAAACUUUUAAUUUUUUUGUUGUUUCACUUGGAUUAGUAUUCAGUUGCUUGUUUUUGUUAAAACUACUUGGAGACUUCUCAAGCAAAAAAUCAUUAUAUCAAUGCUUUAAAAUAAAUAAAAUGUAGACUAUAUCUUGUUGCGGCACUUGACAACACACCAUGGUGUGAUUGAUUUAGAAUUAAAUUCUCUUUAUGGCUGAAUGCUGCAUGCAACACGUGAUUGGAUACAGCUUUCAGUCACUUCACAAGUAGUCACAGUGUGAUAAAUGUUGAAAUAAAUGCCUUAGCAGCUUCAGACUAGUUACUUGAAUGAUUGCUUCCACCCAUAUGAAUAUUUCUGGGCACUGAAAUUGGUCUUGGAGAUCCUGCUGUCUGGCCACCGCUACUGUUCUGCACUAGAUCUGUAUAUGUUUUAAGUCUUUAAAUACAUUUUUUGUUCUAACAGCUGGGACAAUAAUGAAAGAGAAAAGAUGAGCCCCUGGGACAUGGAGCCAAUUCCAGAAGGAAGUAAAUAUGUUCCCCCAUCCCCUUCAUUGGGUAUCAAUAAUUUGUGAAUAAGUACAGUGGCAGAGGCUCUAAUGGGUAUGUCUUUCUGUCUCUGUCUCCCUCCCCCCUGACCCUGGUUUUCUGUAGCUGCUUAUCCGGAGGAGGUUGGGGCUGGUGUUCCUGUGACAACAGAGGAGCUGGCAUCUUUGCUGUACAAACCACAGGAAGGUGAAUGGGGAUCCCAUUCCCGAGAUGAAGAAUGUGUGCGGGUUCUUCGCGGUAUUGAUCAACUUCUAUCCUUAGGUAUGUGGACCUCAAAAGAAGACUUGGAGAUGAUGCCAGGGACCAACAAACACAGAUGGCAACACCCUUAGCAUAUCUAUUUACUUAUUUUAAAGCAUUAUUAUUUCACUCUUAAGUUAAAGUGAGAUAAAGAAUUCAGUUAAAGAAUGUUCUUCAGUUAAAUAAUGUUCCUGCAGUGGCUUGCAGAUAUCAAUGAUAAGACAGUUCUUGUCCUCACGCUUUCAAACUAAAAGACAUAUCUCAAGAGGACAAGGUAUUGGGAGUGGGGGAAAGCAAACUCGGGCACUAUUCUUAGUUUCAGAACUCUUGUAAUCACCAGCUGGAGUGGAAAAAUUAUGUCGAUAAGUGAUUCCAGGCAUGUAGCUGAUAUGAAACUGGGAUUUGGGUAAACAGAAAUCCAGAAGGAAGUACGUAAACAUUUAUUUGGUAUUAAGGAUCUUACAACAGGCGCACACUACAGUGGUACCUCGGGUUACAGACGCUUCAGGUUACAGAUGCUUCAGGUUACAGACUCCGCUAACCCAGAAAUAGUACUUCGGGUUAAGAACUUUGCUUCAGGAUGAGAACAGAAAUCUUGUGGCGGCGGCACAGCACCAGUGGGAGGCCCCAUUAGCUAAAGUGGUACCUCAGGUUAAGAACAGACCUCCAGAACAAAUUAAGUUCUUAACCAGAGGUACCACUGAAGUUUGACCGCUUUGCAUACAGCUUUUAAGUGCAGCAACAGAUAUACUAGCAAACUGAACUUGUGUCUGAAGAUCUCUCUUACCUGUUUAGUUCAAAUUCAUGUCCCCAUCGCAACCCCAUGCACUUUGGCACCACUGCUUCUUUGUUUCCCAGGGCUCUCUUUAGGCAACUGCAGUACUGUUUUUCAGGGCAUUCUCUGUGCUGGCCCCUUUGCUGUAUAAGAAGCCAGAGAAGUCUUGGGCUUCUUCACUGUACAGCUUUCAGUAAAUGCUGAAGACACACUCCCCUAGCCUUUCACACGUAAGAUGUGUGUUUUCAGAGCCCACCCUAUUCCUGUAACUAAUUAGUUUUAGCUAUUUUUAAUAGUGGAUUUUAAAUUGUUGUGACCCACUGCAGGGCCUUCUGGUGAAGGGCAGGUGGCGGUAACAACAACAAUUAUUAAUAAUAAUUUAUUUAAUGCUCCAUUCAGAGUUUUUCUUCUCUUCCCCCACCAACAUCCAAUUUUGCUUCUUUGGUCUCUCUUUACCUUGAGCCUCUGCCCCAUCCACCAUGCUUCCCUGAGGUCCCUGCUUUUCAUUUCACUGCCCUAGCCGAUUCUUUCUGUCCAACAUGCAUGUCUCUGUCUUUUCCCAUGCCCAUGCCCUUCCUAACCAUGGACACUUCUUCCUAAUUAUAUACAGUGGUACCUCGGUUUACGAACUUAAUCUGUUCCAGAAGUCCGUUCUUAAACCGAGGCACACUUUCCCUAAUGAGGCCUCCCACUUCCGGUGCCUUUCCACCAUUCGGAUUCUGUUCUUAGACCAAGGUAAAGUUUGCAAACGGAGGCACUACUUCCGGUUUAGCGGAGUUCGUAAACUGAAUCGUUCAUAAACAGGACUGUUCUUAAACUGAGGUACCACUGUAUCAUUGUAAUCGGGCAUCUAUUACAGGUUUCAUCUCAUGCUCUUGCACACAUUCUGUUGCUGUCAGUUUGCAAGGUGGUGAACUUUCCAUGACAUAGUUAGGGCGACAAUAAUUUUAAGUACUAUACUGAUCAUCGUAUUACCUUAUUGGGCAGGUUUUUUUUUUUAAAGCAUUAAUAAUAUAAUAUAAUAUAAUAUAAUAUAAUAUAAUAUAAUAUAAUAUAAUGCUUCUAAGUUUCACCAUUUGACCGGCAUAGCUUGUGGACUUUAAUCAGCUUUCUUUGCUACCUUUUUAAAGAUAUAUCCAACCCUUUUGCUGUCCCAGUGGACCUUAGUGCCUAUCCUCUAUAUUGCACUGUUGUUGCUUACCCAACUGACCUCACCACAAUAAGGAGAAGACUUGAAAACAGAUUUUACAGGUCAGAUUGAUUAUUUCUUUCCACUGUCUAUUGUUGAGUAUCUCUUGUCUUUUUUUUUUAAAAAAGUUGCUAACUUUUGCUAAAUUGUAUCUGCUGUAGUAUUAGUGAAUUCCCCCCCGCAGCUUUGCUUAAUCAGGAAAAUGCUGCAAGAGAGUCGUAACUUACUUGCAGCAUCUAAGAUUCUCCCCUGUUAACUAUAUUUCUGAUGUAGACCAGGAUGUGUGGGGUUUUCCCUGUUUCCCAAUCACUCAUGAUUUCAUUUCCUGGCUCCUAAGAAUUGUUGAUGUUUUCCCUGCUUCUUGUAUUUUGCUCUUCUGCCAGAUUGGUGCUUCAUUGUUUAUGAAAAGCACAUGCAGGCUUUUGUAAAAAUGAUUUUAGGUUACAGAAUGAGCAUGGCACAUAUUUCUUUUUGUUUUUAUUAAUUUGUUUUUAUUAAUUUUACAAAUUUGUUCUCUUCCUUUUUCAGGAGAAUAUCAGCACUAAUGUGGGAGGUACGAUAUAUUGAACAUAACGCUAGGACUUUCAAUGAGCCCGAUAGUCCUAUAGUUAAAGCAGCCAAAAUAGUAACGGAUGUCUUACUUCACUACAUUGGGUGAGCUGUCACUUUUCUUGCCAACUACCAUUUCCACAGUUUCCAAAUACUUUCCCUAAAACUUCUCUGAUCAGCAUUGUGUGCAUCUGUGUUGCACAUCCCUUUCUUUAUGCUACCAAAUAAUUUCUUCUCCCAUCACCUCUUCCUUCACUUUUGUCCUGCCCACUAUGGAGAUAAGACUGUGGGAAUUUUUCAUGAAGAAGCCCUGCUUCCCACAUGAUCUGACCAUCUGCUAAUAAACUCAAAGUGGUGUUGCAUAGUAUCUGGCAUGCGGGUUCAGCAAGCAUGAUAUGCCAAUUACACACAAAUCAGCCCUUAAUUUGUAAUUCGUCUGGGCAAGGAUGAUGUUGCUUUUACAGUCCCGGCAGUCCGUGACUCUCUGUUGGCCCCAAUGCUGAUAAUCAUAUUAUCCUUUAGGGAUCAGAGUUGCACAGAUAUUCUGGAGAUGUAUAACAAAGUGAAAGCUGAAGACCUGAGUAGCGCAAAUGAAGAAGAGGUGACAGAAACGUAUGCUGAUUCGGAUGGUCCAGGAACCUCAUCUGGGAAAAGAACUGUGAGUGCUGCUUAGUUACCUGUCAGGGACUGGCUGGCUGAUGAGGAGUAGUGGGGAACCUCCAAGGGGAAGGGAGGAUCAGAGUUGGGACUAGUGGAGGGAUACUGAGGGGAGGUCAGAGGGAGAGGCCUGGGAGGAAGGGCUGAAUGAUGAAGGAGCAGAGUUAACUUCACUGACAAUGGAGCCGUGUGUCUUUCGUACUGAUGAUGAAGGAGCAGAGUUAACUUCACUGACAAUGGAGCCGUGUGUCUUUCGUACUGACCUGUGUCUGACAGCACCUUUCUUCAGCCAGUUUGUAUAGAGCCAGUUAUAAGUAGAGUUUUAAACUAUAUAUCUGUCAACACAAAAUGAAUCUCUGAGUUACCUUUCACCUGCCUCUGUCAAAUUGGAACUGAAUCAGUAUAAAUUAAACAAGAUGGAAGGAGAAUUUUGUCAUAAAACGUACAUGUUGCUGUUGCUCCCCUUUUAAAAGGUUCAGAUAAAGCAGCAGAUAAAAAAGCAGCCUUCCAAGCCACGUGCUGACGCCUGGAAAGAUAAGUGCAAACAGCUAUUAAGCCUCAUCUAUGAACGUGAAGAUUCUGAGCCAUUCCGACAACCUGUUGAUCUCUUUUCUUACCCUGUAAGUUGCUUUCAUUUCUUUAGUUCAGGAAGGAGGAGUAAAGAAUUGUGUGAAGCACUGAAACUCUACCUUCCAUAAUAGCACCACAAUGUUCUCAGUAUUCACAGAGUUUUCUUAGGCGUUACUCACAUACUUCCAACUCUGUGGUUGCUUGCUUUAAAAAACAAAAAAGAAAAGAACCUGAGGUUCUUGGGAUCUGAAUCCUGUAUUUCUUCUGGAAGCUGUGCUUGUACAACUUGCACAGUAAAGUAAACAGUCCUGCCCCUUACUUAAUUUGAAGUAUGACUAUGUACUACAGAGCUUUCCAAACUGUGUGUUGUGACACCUUAGUGUGUUGGCUGCAGUGUGUAGGUAUAACAUGUGAACACUCCCUGCAGUCCUCCCGGGGCUGUAAAGGGGUUAGUUUAGUCUCUGGUUUGCUGAAUUACCGUGUCACAAAAUGAUGCAUGUCUAAAAAAUGUGUUACCAACAUGAAAAGUUUGGAAAGCUCUGAUGUACUUGUGUUUGCUAAUUCAAUUUUGCCAGUUUUAGCACUAAAAUCUCUAGUGUUUAUUGUUGUUUUUUAAAAUCAGUUCCUGUAAUAUCCCAUAAGGACAUUCCACAUAGUAAAAAUAUUUCCUUUCCCCUCCCCCAUACAAUAUUUCUCUUUUCUCCCUUCCUGCUUAUAGAGCACUGAGAAAUUUGGCAGGUGGACUAGCAGCAAAUGCAUUCACUCCAUGAUUAUUUCUUUGCUUGUAGUAUCUUCAGAAUUGUUCCACCUCAGAAAUCAUCACAGUGAGAACGCAUGUCUUGAAGCGAUCUGCCUUUUUAAUGUGCAUCCAGACCUUAAGUUUUAUUGCCUGUGGAGUGUUAAGUUUUACAGCUGGUUUUUGUGAAAUAACUUUGGAAGCAGCCAUUCUUCAAUAAGUGCAGUAUCUAACCAUAUCGCUGUAAUGUGGCAAUGUUACUCAUUUAACACAUAUAAAUGUUGCUUGUAGGAUUAUCGUGAUAUAGUGGAUACUCCAAUGGACUUCAGCACUGUGAAAGAAACUUUGGAAGUAGGAAAUUACAUGAACCCCCUUGAGUUCUACAAAGAUGUUCGUCUGAUAUUCUGCAACUCCAAAGCAUACACUCCUAAUAAGAAAUCAAGGGUAAGAUGUAGAAGUGGUGGUGGUGCCUAUGACUGCAAGCCUCCAGCCUGACACAUGCAAAUAAAGUAUAAUAGUCCCAAAAUACAGGCCUUUACUAAAGACUGUUGCCCUGAUAGGCUUCCUAAUGCAGGUUACAUGAUGGUAUGCACAUGGUGAGAGUCCAAGCCUUUGGAGCAGGAGAAAACAGGCUUCCAUGUCACAAUCCUUUAGAUAUCUGAAGAUGGCCAUCAUAUCCUCUCAGUUUCCUCUUAUCCAGGCUAAACAUACCCAACUCCCUCAACUGGUAUAGGAAAUAAUCAGCUAGGGUGACAAACAAGCUGACUUGGGUACCAGGCAACUUCCUUGGUCUUCUUUCUUUGGUGGCUUGUGCAUAAUUUUGGGACCAUCAGUAGCCCCAUUAGUCCUCAGACAGCAGCCUGAGAAGACCCAGGGAUGGUUUGGGUCAUAAUUCAGUGACAGAGCACAUGCUUAGUAUGCAGUCUGUUCCAGGUUUAGUCUCCAACACACUUUGAUGCAAUGAGGAUAUUGGACUGCAGGGCUGGGAAAGACUUCUCUGCCUGGCCCUAGGAAAGAGGGAAUUGCCAGUUAGAUGAACCAAUAGCCUGAUAGGCUACAAGGCAGCUUCCUAUUUUUUUCGCACAAUAGGCGAAUAAAAGGUUAAUGAAUAGUUAAAAUAUUUGCUUUGUUUCUCUUUGCUUUGUCAGUUCAUUUAGCUGUAAUAGUGUAAUUUAACAAGGCACAUUGUCACUCUUCUUCAUUUUAUGUUUGAUCUGUUCUUUGUUAUUUUACACAAAGCAUUCUUACCGUUAUAACCACAUGUAAUAUGAAUUUCUUAGGCUUAGUUUUAACUACAUCCACUGCUGGAUUGCUUCUUUUUGAGGGUCAUCAGUUUUAUGGGUUUUACGUUGUAUUUGAUAUGUUGUAUUUUAAUGAAACAUUGUGUACCUUGCUGAAACUUCAGAUUAAAGGGCAGAUUAUAUUAAUAAUAAUAUUUUUAAUAUAUGUAAGGAAGAUUACUAGAGGCUCUAGAUUCAAGCUGUGUGUGUAAUCGUGUGAAUGUGUUUCAUAGUAACUGUCCAAUAAGCAGCUGCCUUCGAGCAUGUAUGCUAUCAGUGGAAAAGAAGUUCCUACUUGUCCCCUGUACUGCCAGCAGAUAGACUUGGCUGACUCUGCCAACCAUUUUAUAAAUGUGCCAUUGUGCCAUAUCCAAUACUCAUUCAUCUUCUUGGUUGGGAAUCCCAAGGUUUAUGCUGCAGAGUAUGAAAGUUCUGAGCUUCUCCAACUAUCCUGAAACUCAUGAGAGCAGGGACUGGCUGGACUAGCAGCAGUGCUAUUGGUACCCCUCAUUUUUAGCUUCUGCACAGCCUGCCUCUCCAAACAUCACUCUUCAUCUCAUGUUGAAUAUUGAAGAAUUGCUGACCCUCUAUGUUAAAGAAUUGCUCCUCUAUGUUAAAUUCACAGAGGUUUUGCUUAACUUUUUAAAAUAGAUGGCCACCUCUACAAAGCAACUGAGUGUUUAAUCAUUUCCAUCCUCCAAGGAGGCUGGGGGUGCUAUGCACUGUGACUCCCAUUUUGACAGGUAGUGACUGGCCCAGAGACCCAGCAAACUUUGUUACUGAACAGGGAUUUGAAUCCAGGUCUCCUCAGCCUAAAUCAUGCAAGUCUUCUACACAGACAUUCACUCUCAAGUGUGAUCAUUCUGCCCCUCUUUUCCUCCCCUACCAGAUCUACAGUAUGACACUCCGACUAUCUGCCUUAUUUGAAAAUCAUAUUAAAACUAUAAUUUCUGAAUACAAGUCAGCAGUGCAAUAUCAGAAGAGGCGAAGGCCACGGCUACGGUACCGGAAACAACUGCGGAGCAGCAGCAGUUCUUCCUCUAGCAGCAGGUCACCCAGGUAACAAUUCUGAUACUUGCUAAAUGUAUGAUCUCACAUUGACGUUCGUUUAGUGAGAGCUUACUGGACUGUGUGUGGACUACUAGGCAUACAGCUUUCUGAGUAGUAGCCCACACUUUUGGAACCUCCUCCCUGAGGAGAUACAUAAAGCCCCAUCACCUUGGCCUUUAAAAUAAAUAAACCCUCUGACAACACAUUUAUUCAUGUCUGCUUGUGGACGAGCCAUGCUGCACUCUGUAACAUUUUUAACUGCUGCUCAUGUCUUGUAAUUAUAUUUUCAUGCAUUUUAAGAGUUGUGUAAGCUUCCUUGGGAGGGCGGUGGCAUUUAGGUUACAAGAAAGGAAUUUUGACUAAACAUCAGGAAGAACUUUUUUGACAGUAACAGCUGUUCGACAGUGGAACAUAACUGGUAGACUCUCCUUCCUUGGAGGGUUUUAAGCAGAGGUUGGAUGGCCAUCUGUCCUGUAUGAUCUAGUUGAGAUUCCUGCAUUGCAGAGGGUUGGACUAGAUGACCCUCAUGGUCCUUUCCAACUCUAUAAAAAAUGUUUUAAAUAAAUAAUAAUUUAGUAGUACAUCUAGUUGGACUAGAUGACCCUCAUGGUCCUUUCCAACUCUAUAAAAAAUGUUUUAAAUAAAUAAUAAUUUAGUAGUACAUUUGUUUUAUGCCACUACCAUCCACUCCGCCUCAACAUCCAGCCUCUGCAGCAAUUUAUGUACCACAACAAAAUUAGUGAAAGCAGAUUUUCGUGGGGGAAAUGCAAUAUAAUUAUAAGCAUGCUGAGUCGCAAUGAAAGACACAACGUAGACAUAAUUGACCUUUCAGACUUCACAGAGGUCGUUAAGAAUAAUGCAUUGCUAUUUUUUGUCAUGCUUAUAGCCCCAAAGGAAAACAAAAGCAACCGAUGCAGCCUAAAACAAACCUGAAUACCUCACUGCCUUUAACUAGGACUAAUUCUUCAGUUUCAUCUCAUGGUAAGUGAACUUGGAAGCAAUAACCUUUCAUUGCCUUUUCCGCUUCUGCACUCCACUUUUCCACCUUGCUUUCACUACAAGGACCCUUUGCUUUUGCCUGUACCAGUUGAGUCCCAGGGGCCUAGGCAGACAGAGAGGAUACACCAUCUUACCCAUACCCUAUAAUUGAUCUCUAUAUCACCGAGGAAGGUGUUCUGCCCUUUAUGUUCCUUUGAUGCUGAUAUUUCCCCCCCCCCCCCAAAUUAUACUGCAUACCUUGCCCUUUGCCACAGAGUGCCAGAUCUCUUCUCCAGUCUGUUCUGCCCCCCAGCAUCCUCAGGAAUGUUCAUAGUUUGCCUACAUGCAAAAAUGUGUAGAUGAAACAGCACGUACCAAGUCACAGUAUUUGUUACUGCCCAUUUCUGUCCAACUUCCAUCUUUGCUUCUUUCAUUCCAAAUGUAUGUGAUCCCCCCACUAAGGGAUUUGGAAAUUGUAUAUUUAUGUUUGUAAAUUCAUGCAUAUGACCAUUGGCCUUGCUGUCUAGGGGUGAUGAGAGUCAAACACAUUCUGAAGAGUCACGAGUUUCCUACCCCUACAUUAGAGAAAUGUGUUAGUGUGCUAGAAGCCUCUCCUAAGUCAGUAAUCGACUCCCACCAGGUAAAGGCCUGGCGUCUUAAGGAAUCUGUCUUCUGUGACUUCCAAUUAUUUGUAUGAUUGUUAACAUUGCACUAAGCAGUGCAAUCAUAACUGAAAGAAAUUUCACUGAAUGCACUCAUCAAGGAUUUGAGGCCUACACACUCACAUGCCACUAAAGCAAAUGAAUGCAAUACUUCUACUUUCAAAUUCAUUAACAUUUUCCAUCCAUUGCGAAACUUGUGACAUCAUGUUUAAAUUUUCAGAUACUACUGAGGAACCACCUGGCUCUGCUGUUGCUGCUGAAGAGAUGGACGGUCAUCCUUCUUCAUCUGGCUCAAACACCCAAAAUCAUAGCGGAAAUGAUGCUGAACCAGGGAAAAAUAGGCUAGUUAGAAAUAAAUCCACACCAGUUACACAAGGUGAGAAGUUGGAGGAAUAAAGAUUCCCUCUUUCUAUAGCUUUCCCUCUCCCUCUCUCUCCCCCCUCCUUUUGGGUGUGUGUGUCUAGGUCAGAGGUUUUCGACCUUUUUGGGUCCACAGCUCCCUUGACCAGCUACAUUAUUUCUGUGGGGCCCAGUUAUGUCACCCCUUGCCUGCAGAGCUGGCAGCCCCUCACCCCUCCCUUGUGGAGGGUUCCCUCAGCCUCCUCUCUUCUUCCUUUUCCUUGGAACUCCUAUGGGCAGUCAUAGCUGCCGCCUCUUGUCUCUGAGCUUCCCAAUCCCACUCCCAAGAGACGUACCUCCUCCCACUGCCUCACAGGGGCCUGGGAAGGACCACCUGGCCAGCCCCAGAAGCACCAUUCACCUGGGGAGCUUGCAGUUAGGGCUGCUGAGAAAAACAGCUGUGCAAACCUUUGGGAAGCAAGGAUGUGAGAGGGCAUCAGAAGAGGAAGGGAAGGAAAGAGGGACACAGGCCAGUGUUGCCUGUGGCACCUCUGACAAUCAAGUGACACAACCAUGGCACACAGGGUGAAAACCACUGGUCAAGGGUUUUAUUUGGUUACGAGUGAUUCUGAUUCUUGUGUUUUGUGAAGCAAAUGUACUGUUAGAUAGUGCACCAGAUCACCCUGUGUCUCUCCCUUCUCUAGUCACAGGGCAACAAUGUGGCAAAGUUCUCUCUGGGAGGAAGCGCAUUCCUAAUGGGCCACCUCCCAAAGUGUGGUAUUUUUAACAGAAAUACAGUGGUGGUUGUGCUUAAUGGGACUGCUUGGGUAGAAGGCAGGGACUGCUUUGGUAGAAGGCAGGGAAGCCAGCAGCAGGUGGCGCCAGAGCCUAUAACAAGUUGUCUCAGUUAAUUAUAGUUGUCCCCAUCCUCCUCUCUGCUGAGUUCUACAAGACAAUGCUGAGAUAAAGGAGAAGGGGCUGACAGCCAGGGCCACCGUUGUCUGAUGGUUGUAAAGUAGGCAGGCAGGCAGGCAGGUGGGGGCUAGUUUAGGGUAGUGGGUCGGUUUCCUGCUCACUAACCAUUAGAAAGGUCCAUGGUGGUCUGUAACAGCUGUGCAAUUUUGAGCUUUUUUAUUUUAAUCCUCUCUUUGCAGAGAUGUCAUUUUCCUGGCUUCCACAAACUGAUUAGCUAGCACACAUGUUUAGGAGUGUGGUGAAGGGUGGGAAGCCCAAUAGAAGCUUCUCACACCCACUUCACUGCCCAACAAUAACCCUGCAGUACUACUAGUAGUUGCUGCCACCACCCUUCCACUUACUUUGACAGUCCAGAUGGGAGGGGAUCUGGGAUGCACUAAAGCAAUUACUUUGCAGACUUUCCUUGUGAGUGGCUCUGAGUCUAAAGGCAGCCCUCACACUCUCAUGAGUCUCUCCCAGACCUCAGAAGAGUAGGCUGGUUACUUACAACUCCAAUCCUAAACAUCAGGUGGCAUGAAUUUCAAGAAUCUAGGCACACGGGGAUCCUGAAACCCUGAGGUUUGGCAAUCACACACUUUGGGGGUCAAAUUAUAAAACUUUCUUAUGAAUAAACGAUAGAGGAAAAGCAAGCAGAAGGUCCAACAAAAUACAAAAUAGGCCAGAGUACCGUGGCUUUCAAACUAAACUAAUCCUAGCCUAGCCACUACAUUACAAUGGUUCUAAUUUACUUAAAAAUCUAUCUUCAUAGCAAGUCCAGCCAAAUCCCUGACAGUGGAGGGAACAAGCUGCAAGUAAAACUCAGCCUCAUAAAGUCUCUGUCCCCUCUCCAGGGCAAGUAACCCAUGACUCCUUCUGACCAAUAAGUUUCAAAGUCAGUCAAGUACCCCUUUUGCAUCUGAAGAGGACUGACAGGAGAUACCUGACAGACUGGCUUAGGGAAAUGGUGGGCAGUUCCAGGGUCCAUUGGAUAGGUGUUAUGUAGCAAACUUGCGUUUAGUUAUUGGUUACAAAAUGAAGGCUUCAGGGGAUGUAGGCCAGGCAUAAUCAAGGAUAAAAAGGAGUAGAAGCAGGAGGUUGUUCUUUAUAACUCACUUUGAGUCCCUGUCAGGGAAAAUGAUGGGGUGUAAAUAAAUUUUUUGUUGUUGUUGCAAGUGUGGCUCAGCAUCCCUAGCAUUGCAAUAUCCCUGUGAUCUGUUGGGUGGUUGGGCUCAGCCUUGCAGAGGCCCAGUACCAGUCUCAUGGGUAGGCGUCUGCCUCUUGAUUCAGCAAUGCACUUAAUCAUGUAUUUGUUUAAAAACCAACUCUUUGUUUCAGAUUAAAAUUGCUUACCUUUGAGCAGGUGUAAUGAAUAAUCCACUUUCAUCUUGGUAGGCAGAGAACUUUUGAAACAAGACUGCUUGUUCUAUGAGUAAAUUUCUUCCAGGCUGGAAAAAAAUAUUUUGUUUUCUCCAGGAAACUGAGAUCUAGCUCUGUAGCAGCAUCGUUGACAAAUACAUUUGUUUGAAUUUCUGUAGAUCAGCCUUCUGAUAAGCCCUUGACAAAUGGUGAUGGGAGAGAGCCCCGAGCAACAGUCAAGCGGAAGCUCUCAAGUGCAUCAGAAGAGGACGAACCCAUUGGUGAAAAGAAGAAAAGAGAAGAAAAAGAAAAGCCAGGUUUAUCCUCCUCAGAAAGUGGAGAUUCACGAUCAAGCUCAAGUUCUGAAAGCGGAUGUGGCUCUGAUUCUGACUCUGAAUCAAGCUCUAGAACAGAUCAGGACUACAUAGAUGGAGACCAUGACUACAGCAAAUCUGUGCAAGUGAAACCGAAAAGAAAAAUCCGAAGGAACAUCUCCAGUGGGCAGAGAAAUUGGCAGGGUAGAGGGACAGGAAAGAGAGGGAGAUGGGGCCGGUGGGGUAGGUGGAGCAGAGGGGGGCGAGGCAGCCGGAGGGGAAGAGGCUGUAGCAGAGGAAGAAGAGGAGGCAGGGGAGGAAGAAGAGGGAGAGGGAGAGGAGCCUCCAGAGGAGCCUCCAGAGCCAAGCGCCCACGAAUUGCCGAUGAUGAAUUUGAGAAUCUUUUGGGGGGACGCUUCAGUGAGAACACAUUUGGUGGGCGGUUCAGCAGGCCGCCUCGGAUUAAAACUAGGAAUGAGGGCAGGCGAACCGUUUUAUAUAAUGACGAUUCAGACAAUGACACUUUUGUGCACACUGAGGAUCCCCUGAACCUUGGUACUUCUAGGUCAGGCAGGGUGCGGAAAAUGACAGAAAAGGCCAGGGUCAGCCAUCUCAUGGGAUGGAAUUAUUGA